AGAAGUGUGCAGUGUGUUAACACUCUGGCAAAUCAUUUACAAGGGGGGAAGAAGUCUGAGCGCUGAUUCAAGGGAUGCUAUCUCAAUAUCUUAAUGAGAAUUUUGUCUGUUUGGUGUUUCUGAAAACACCAAAUUUUGCACCAAGUCGGGUUAAAGGGCAGUUAUGCAAUCAUGUGUUUUAGCCGAAAAGUUUGGGAUGAUGUCAUGUAAGGGUGUGGAGGGGACUUGAAUUCGACAACAGUGUGAUCAGUGCAUGUGACCAGUCCCAUGACCACGAUGUUGCAAUUAAAAAACAUCAUAAGACUUCAUCUGGCAGACCACACUGAUAUUAUCUGGAGUAUUUCUUAAUAAGGCUCGGUUAUAUCAAAGUUUUCUGGGUCACUUUUGAAACAAACGGUUGUCUUUUCUUUCUUAUGCAAGACAUUCUGAUUCGUUCCUCGCCUUUUCCCCUGACCAAGCAGUCUCCAGGACAUUGUUUCUCAGACAGCGGGAGGCAUUUGUCUGCCCGGGAUCCAGCGCAGAAUCGAUUGUGCAAACCCAUUAAGCUGAGAUCAGAUUCUUGCAUUGUCCAGCAUGUUUUCAAGAUCAGCAGAAAGAGCCACUUUUUAAAUACUUACAGGAGCUUUUAAGAGAGUCAUUCGGAGUUCAGAGGUGAGCGGAGUUUCCUGCAGAUUUAUGAGGUCCUCUGCUGUUGACAGCUUGUGGAAAACACCUGUUGUGACAUCACUGUUAGGGUGUGGCCUAAAGUGGAGCAAGCAUGAGAGUUUUGGCUUUUAGAGGUUAGGAUAGGCGGUUUGGAAAUGUUAAUGUGCUUCUCUGGAAUUUUUUUUUCGUCGCUUGCAUAACAAAAUAAGUCGACCCACCCCAGUCUGCCUUUGAAUGUUUUCCUGACACAAACAGCUGAAUGAAAACUGAAUAAAUGAAUAAAGUCUAAGAUGAAUGAGUCGUUUCUUAAGUAUGCUUGAACGAAUAACGAAACAAAGAUAAAUAUUUAAUAAAACAUUUCACGCCAAAUAAAAGUUAAUGAUUCAAUAAAGAGUGUGAACAUGUGAAAUGGAGCUUUGACAUAGAGCAGCUCAGCGGUGCAGUAUGAUUCAUUUUAUCCGACCUGAGUACUUUGUUGAUAUUCACGCCGAUGUCUUUGUAAUUCAAAACCAAAUGUAACCAUGGGGACCUCUAUGUACAUAAGUUGUGAAGCUCCGGCGAAGGUAUUAGCUGAAACAAACGUUUCUGGAUGUUCAGGGAACUGUAGACAGGCUCAAUACUUUUGAGCAUGCUAAUAGUGAAAAUGAAAACAUUUCUCAAUCUUUGUCUGCUUUUGUAGUCCACUAUCUUGGCGCACCAAAACUUCUGAGUAAUAUUGGUUAAUCCUCUCAAAGUGUUGUGUCUUCUGUCAGGAAUGCUUCAUUUCAGCUACUGUCUCUUUAAGAGCCCGCUCUCCAGGCCCUCUGGGACUUGGCACUUCUGCAGCCUCCUCCAUUGUCGCCACGCUACAAAGUAGUCGUCGUCAACGGCUUCAGAAGGGAAGCUCAGACGGCCCUCACCCCAGCCACUUCCACCAGCUCCUCCGGGGGGAUUCCCAGGCGCUCCCAGGCCAGGCGAGAGAUAUAAACCCUCCACCUGGUCCUGGGCUGGCCACGAGGUCUCCCCCCGGUGGGACAUGUCUGGAACACCUCAAACGGGAGGCGUCCAGAAGGCAUCCUAACUAGAUGCCCGAGCCACCUCAGCUGACUCCUCUCAGUGUGGAGGAGCAGCGGUUCUACUCUGAGCGCCUCCCAAGUGUCCAAGCUCCUUACCCUAUCUCUAAGGCUGAGCCCGGCCACCCUGCGAAGGAAACCCAUUCCGUCUGCCUGUAUCCGCGAUCUUGUUCUUUCGGUCAUUACCCAAAGUUCAUGACCAUAGGUGAUGGUCGGCACGUAGAUCAACCGGUAAAUCAAGAGUCUCGUGGUUCCCUAUUUUAAAUGACAUUCAAAUCCAGUCAUAGGAGUCUAGUGAGUGUUUUCUCAAAGUCAUCUAAUCCUCCACUCACUUAUUUUAAACAAAUAGAUUUAAAAGCCGUCUCGGUAGUUUUGAAAUAUACCCAAUUUACUGCUGCGAGGUCGACAUCCUCAGCGAGUUCUUCAUCUAUUAAAAAGCUCUCUGUGCAAAUGAAUGUGAGCGCAUCUAUUCUCAGCGUAUAUACCUUUCGCUGUGCUGCAGUGUAACCGUUCUGCAUCCAUUUUCUGAUUUGUUAGAAGCUAUAAAAACAGGCUUUAUUCAAUGAAUAUCCAUUUGCAUACACUGUAACGGCCCUGAAUUUGGAGUUUAUGUUCAAUCAGAUAAAACUGGAGUCAGAUGAUAACAGAUUGCGGGGGAAGUGAGAGCAUAUGGCCGAUGUAACAAAAAGCCUGACUGUCUGGGCCUGAACAUUUGCUCUCAUAACCAGUCGCUCUUAUUGUCCUCAUCAGUGUGAUUACUCUGAACAAGAUGAUUGCAGUAACUCCAUGCAUAAUGUAAGAAUUGAACAAGAAAGUGCGAUGGAAGCAUCUGCAUGAUCGUUGUCUCUUUCACUUUGGGUGAGCCGGUGCAUGAGUCAGCUGUUGCCGUUCAGCUCCGCGGCACUUAGCUCUCCUGACUUUGCAAAGACGCUGAGCAGGCUUCCUCCAAAUUGGGUCAAUACUAAAUGAAGAGAUGAAGUUUCUUCCAAUGAAAUGGCCUCUCCGAUUUUCUUCUAUCAUAGUGGAAAGUGUUGUCAGUAUUGCUCUUUGUGGCAAUCUGUCUGCAGCUAAGAGCAAAGCGCACCAGUUGGCCUUUCCUCCAUUAAUAGAGCCUCAUCAAGGCCACACAUGGAAAGCAUAUUUCACCCUGUGUUGGCUGUAUCUUGUGCUGUGUCCCGGUCACUGUUUAUGAGUGUGACUGUGGUCUGUGUUUGGGUAUGUGACAUGGAUUUCAGGCUCUACUCCGGCUCUAUAAAACGAGCUGUGUAAAUUUGUAAGGUGCUGGCUCGGUGCCCGGCGCUGCCCCGACAUCUUUACUAAACGUCACACUGAAAGCUUCACUUUGCACAUUGCUGUGGGAGUGGAGGCCGCUGCUGUCCCGAACACGACAGAUGGUGAGUGCAUUAGAUGCAUUUCACAUCCCCCUUCGUUCUUUUUCGUCAUGUCUGAAAUAGAAAUUGGCAUCAGCCCCGCAUCUGUUGGGAGCUUGAGCGAGAAACAAAAUAGUUGGGACUAAUGUCCAAGACCACUGUGUGUGGCUGAAUUACUUGUAAUUUUCUGGCUCAGGUAUGCUGCAGGUUGGUCUGGCAGACUUAAUCAGCUUUUCCUGAGCCUGUUUUCUCUCCCGCUCCAGUAUCCAGUGGAGGUUUCUUUGUCUGCCGUCCUGGUCUUUUGACUCUUUGACAGCCUGAAAAGUAGCAGGAUUGUGAGAGAAGAAUGACUCUUUGUUUGUGCCACUUGCUGUCACCGUGGAUUUGAUUGUCUCAGUAGGCAACAAGGCCUCGGACACGGCCAUUCACACGCACUCACGCGGUCACCCCCGUGGAUGGACAUUCCUUUUGGCAAGGCUCCCAGAUGGCGCUGCAGGUUCUCUGUGUGCUGCGGCCAUCUGAUGGAGUGAUUAACUGCGUCUGUGAAAGGCUGUGCAACAUCAUGACUGAGCGUAAAGGUUGGGGAUCAUUCGCACCGCUUUCUCUCCUGCUGAGUGGUCACACUAACUUUGCAAAAAUCUUCAAAAACAGGUUGAGCUGUUCUGCUUCCACUUGACGAGGGAAGGACUUCUGUCAUAUUGAAUAGACCAGUCAAAUAAGAAUCCACCAACUGGAUUUCACAUGUUUUCACAACUUCUUUAAGAUGUCAAACAAAAUGAAUAAAUGGAACAGACCGUUCUGGAGCUGAUUGAUCGACGACAUGGCUGCACACCUUUAUUCAAAGCUCUCUUAUCCCUAAUUUUGGCUGUAACAGGAAAUGUGUCAUAUUUGCUGUUGUUUUCUUCUUCUGCAAAAUGAUGCUACUGCUGCAGAGAAAACUGCAAAACUGCUCUCAAAACCGGGAAAGAAAAGCUCAGAGUAACUCAACCAUCUAAAACUAGACUUAAAGGGAUAUUCCAGCCUAAAUUUCAAGUAAGGGUCAAACACACCGCAACACCGUGUUAGACACCCCCUCGAGAGAUGAAUGUUGCCGUCUGCUUGCUUCUCUAGUUCAACUCUAGUAACGACCACACAAUAGCAAAACACAGCGGACUACGUCUUCAUGCACAAACCUCAACCAAAACGCCACUCUAUAGCCACAAAUAAUACUCAUAGUGCUGCAGUCUGUAAUGGACUGGCCUGAGGUCUCGCUACAAACAAGCGGCUGCUGGAAGAGAGUAGGUGAGUUGUGUUUAGUCUCUUUGCUAAAGAAAUCAGGCAAAGUUAAAAAGAUGUUUUGUGUCCAGUACUAUGGCUGGGUCCCUGUAUGUACUGUUGAUGAAGUGCUGUUUUGAGCAUUAUUUGUGGCUAUAGAGUGGCGUUUUGGUUGAGGUUUGUUGAUGGCUCCUCAGACUGCUGUGUAUUGCUAUCAUGCGAUCGUUACUAAAAUUGGUAUAACUAGAGAAGCAAGCGGUCGGCAAAAUUCAUCUCUCAACGGGGUGUCUAACUCUGUAUUACGGUGUGUUUGAGCUUAAAUUAAUUUUACGUCGGAAUAUCCCUUUAAGACUUCAGGAGACUGCAAUUAUAAUUUAGACAAAUUGGUCAGAACAAACUUUUGGAAACUCAAAGUUUUGUCUGCCUGACUCCAGAGACUUGAAAGGUUAAACAUUGUCAGACUGUGACAUCACAUGCCUCUACUCUGGGGAAUUAGGUCAAACAGUGAAACUGUGUCAAUACUUGCUCUGCGGUAACCAAGGAGAAGUCUCGGUGAAAAUGUCUCGGCACUCUGGACUGUCAGCACACAGACCUUCACCACAGUCAUUUGCGCUCCCAUGUGCUUAAGGAUAAUGAACUCGGGCUAAAAUGGUAGAUGCUUAAAAGAGAAUGGCUUUGGAGCCACAGGCUUAGUGACAGGCUGUCGAGCAUCCAGAGGCAGUCUCAUUAAAACUGUAUUUCAGUGUUUUAUGACAACGCUUACAACCGAUGUCACAUCCAUUAAGGACGAGUGGUAGUUGGAGAGUCACAUCAUCUGGAAGGUGACCGAUUUAAUCCGAGCCACAGCUCUCCACGAAGGAGCCUCUGAGACCCUGAAGGCGCGUCUCCUUUGGAAUCAAGUUUCCACGUCUCUUAAUUGAUUUGUUUUACCCUUUCUGAAUGGUUUAAUUAACCUAAACUUAGAUUAAAAUGCCACUGAAGGAGAAUCCUCAGACCCUUUAUCACCACUAGUUGAACUGGAAGUAAUUUUACGAGUCUUGGGAAAUGACAUUUUCCCAAACGGACAUCUUAUGGCUGGUUGCACACUGUUGGUGGCAGACGCAGCGGUGCAGAGGUCUGCCAGCACAAACACGACUCUGCUGCACAGCGAAACAAUCGUUGCCUCUCUCGCUUUGGUAAACAUUUAUGAGUGAAGUACACAAACGUAAUGGAGCAAGUCAGCUGUGGAUGGAAAGAUAAUGUGGCGUUUAAUUCUUGCUUAGCUGAGUAUUGAUGUGAUGCCUCGUACAGAAUACUUGAAUCAUGUUCGCUUUAAGCAGGAUCUGAGAGGGCGGAUUUUAAUUUCUGCUCAUAUUCAAACAUCAAUAUUUAUGCUGCAAAGAUCCUUUUCUUUUUUUUAGUUUGACUUGCAUGUUCACAUGAGAUGAUUCUCCUCGUUUUAUCUCCAGUCUCAAAGCUGAACAUUUAGCUCUCAGACACAUUUUUGCAGUCGAACAAAAAGGCUCGUUGAAUCAUAAACGACUUUGUGUCUUGGAUGUUUCUUUGUGAGUGGUGAUUCAGAGUGAGCCAUUUCCUUGAAAGCAUAAAAAUCUUGAACAGAAUUAAAAGCCUUUUUUAUUUCCAACUGUUGAGUAGACUGUUGGGUAUUCGCCAAUUUUGUCAAGAAUUUCUUUCUUUAAAAAAAAAACAUGCUGUUUUCUCUUGGAAAAAAAAAGUCUCACCUAUCACCGGUGGGUGUAAAUGUUGAAACCUACUCUGCCUUCAGACUAAUGCCCCAAAAUGUUUAGGGAUAUCUAGAAGUCAGAUUCUAGAUCAAAAUGCUCCCUUGCUCACCCCUCCAAUUGGUGAUAGGAUGGCAUAACAGGGGUGCGAAUGAGCAACCUAAGCUUGGUAGAAACGGUAACAUCUCUGUCUCUCUCUCUUUAUCUUUCUGUCUGUAGAUGUGUCCUCCUGCCUCUCCUGAGUGUUAAGCCUCCUCAGCAGUCUCUCUUUCUGCUGGUGGACUCUAUCGAUGAGGGCUGUCAGCUGGGAGAGGGGGAGCAGAGGUCUUCUCCCGGCUCCCCCAGGACCAUCGCAGAGCUCCUGGCCAGUCAUCAUGAGUUCCUGCCUCCUUGGCUGCUACUCAUCUGCUCGGCGCGGCGACAGAACAAGGCCAUCACGAAACUCUUCACAGGUGAACUGCUCUGCUUUUGUCUGACUUGGACUCUAAUUUACGAUAUUAUACCUAAAAUAAUUAAAGGGUAAUUCUGCUAUUUUUUGACCCAUAUUCAGGGGGCUUUAAGCACAGAUGAAGCUGCUGUUUCUGGUUUAGAGAAAUCAUAAAGGUCUCUGUUUGUAGGGAUCCUUUUGUGUAAUGUUGCCUAACACUGAGCGUGUUUGUGGCAAAGACGAGCGCUUAAUGUUUGAUGCACCAUAAUAGGAGAACGUUUUCGAAGUCAGCCUUUAUAUCCCUUUUUGUUGCUGCCAUUUGAAGCAAUCUGUGGAAGCAAAUCCCAAACAAACGUAAUACAUUAGCCAUAAAGAGCUCAAAGAUGUAAAAAAGGAUCCCAGUUUGGAAAUACUCGAAAUCUUUUCAUCAUGUUGCUCGUAGCAUUUUUUUUCCAGUAAAUCAAUACAUCAUUGUCAAAGUAAUUGUGAUACUUUCAUAACAGCUGAGCUGAACUGACGUGGAAAGACAGUUUGAUUGAUGAGACUGUAUUUGCACUUGUCAGUACCGCUCCACGCUUGUUUCACCUCAAUGGCAGCUAUUUCUCCGUGUUAAGAUGAUACAUUUCACCUGAUAAUGCGGUUACAAAAACCAGCCUGUGGCUGUUUCUUUUCCGUCAUGGCUGUUCCAGCGGUACGGAUGCAGAAGGCUGCUUCAACGCCACAACAUGCCUAAAGAGAUUAGGGCCAGCGUGGCAGACCUCGGGAAGGGUUGCAGCUCUCCCUAGAUGUCCAGUGACACUGUACCACACCAGCUGCUAUUAUCUCCUUGUCAGGCCGGCAGCCUACUCUGUGGUGAUGAGCUGGCAUAGCAUUAAUCAAGAACCUGCCUGAGUGGGAGGAAGUCUCCUCCGCAGACUCGCUCUGCUGUGUGUACCCGCUGUGUGUACCCUCUCUACCUUUCCAAAACCACGAAACGUGGGAGCUUCUCGCGCCCUGGCUCACCUCUUGAAACAUUACGCAAUAUCCCAGCAGUCACAGCGGUGGUUUUAUGUGCUACUCCUCGCUCAGAAGAUGCGUCAAUGUGCUACAUAUUUCACAUCUUUGGGCAAUGAAAUGGGAUGUAGUGAGAGAGGAAAACCUGCAGAUAUUCAAGAGCAAGUCUGGCAUCACUCAGCCUCCUCUGGUAUGCUGAAAGUGUCAUGUAGAUUUUUAGGCAUAGUUGAAUAAACUGAAUGCCUGUGCGGUUUACUCCGGUUGUAGUUUGUAAGUUUAGGGCUUUUUUUCACGUUUUUAGGAUGUAUUGUUUGUUAAAAGUUUUACAGAAGCCUACUCUAUCUAUUAUACCACCUGGCUGAAAAUCAUUUUAAUGGUAUGAGGUUCGAGGACAGAAGUCUAUCAUUCACUUUAGCAUGAUCUUCAGUUUUCAUAUCGUCACCCUAUAAAAAUAAUGGCGCAAGUCAUAUUUUGACGAAAAUAAGUUUUGGGCCUAAAUCAAAUCUGUCAGAGUCGACUACAUCCUUUUGCUCGCCCAUUUUCCUGUUUCCAACACACCAACCUGGAGAGAUGACCGAUGUAAUUCACUUCAACUAUCAGUAGUCAUAAUGUUAUGGCUGAGCAGUGUACUGCCUGAUACAACAAACCAGGAGAUCUAAAAUUUAUUUGAGGCAUUUUCACCAUUUUAUGAGAAAACAACCAUCAAGAGAUUGAUUUUGUCGCAGCUCUGUAACAAACACCGCUCUGAGGGACUCACUGGUUUUUACUUUUACAGCGGGUAUGAAGCACCAGCGUUUCACUGUGUUUUACCCCACACUGCUUGAAUUUCUCUGCAUUUUUCUCCAUGCUUUCCAACAUCCCUGAAAUGUUGUCGUUGUGGAAAUCCAGGUGCUUUGACCGCACAGUGAUGGAAGUGCAGCUUUAGACGUGUGCAGAUCUGAUCAGCGUAAACGGUGGCAGUAAGGGGAAGGGGUUUGGUUUGCCAGGUUUUAGACUACCAGGACUCGCAUUGAGUCUUUUGUGGGCGUCAUGCAUUUAAUUCAAACAAACCAACUGUGUUGCAAGCUGCCCACUUUAUAAUCACAAAGACAUGCCCACCCACGCUUCCCUCUCACAUCAAAGCUUGCACGUAGGUGCCCAUGGUAGAUUAGAUUCUGGAUUGGUAUCCCGGUUUAGUAUAAAGCCUCCUCACAGCAUUCUCCAAACUUUGAGCCCACUGACAACACAGACGGGAAAAGUUUUAGAUUUGAUUUCCUUUCAGCAGCAAUUUGCAUUAAAUCGUAUUUUCUGCUUCCUCCUGCGUGCGUGUGCGAGUGAACUGUCUGCCGUGUCUGGCUCGAACUGUAGAUUUAAAUUGUCAGAUUUUAUUUGCAGUUGCACAUAAAGUUGACAGCAGAGUCACCAGGGGAAUAUAUAGCUGUGUUUGCCAUGGAUGGAAAUGGUAAUGGGAGAUUUUUUAUCUGUAACUUGCUUCAGAGUGUUUCGGGGAGUUCUCUGAUUGCUUGUUUGCUCUCUCUCCUUUUAUGUCGAGCUGUCUGUUCUCGUUGUUUUUGAUACAGUUUGAAGGGAAUUUCAUCUUGGACCAAUCUGAUAAACAGCAGUUAUCUUCUUUCUUUCCCUUUCUUCCCUUCUUUCUCUUUUGUUGAACCGGCUCUCAUCUCUUUCCCUUUUUUACUGCGCCUUUGACAACGGCCAAGCUUUUGUAGAGCUUUUAUUCCGAUUGGCCAGUGAUGGCUUUCUGUAAACGAUUCCUCUUUCUGAACGGAGGAACAGAGCCAGACUCGCACAUCAGAUGUGAUGCCCCCCAUUUGAACGCAGUGAAGGACAUAUGUGAUUAGUUUUUUUUUCUUUUCCCAUGCUCUUGCUUUUAUUAUUUGGAUCCUAUUGAGUUUGUGCAUUGAGAUACUCUAACAGACCCACAAUACGCCUCAGCCUCUCUCCUUUGUGGAUGCUUUUAGCAGCGUCUUUGUUUUGUCUACAUCCAAUCAUCCGCUUUUAGUUCAGCACUGGAAAUUCUUCUGCCACACUGGCUUCCUUAUACCCCCACACAUAUACACUGGUGUAGACGGGCAGACAAAUACAUCCACCCUCUAUUAGUCUGUAUUAUGAAUAAAGGAAUCCAAAUAGCCCUUCUGUCUGAAGCAAUUGACUGCAAAUAGACCAUGAGGACUUCAGAGUAUGAAAUCGAGGCCAAGUGUCCCCUAAAAAUAACCUCCAUAUUGUUUACAAGUCAGAGAUGGCGGUGACCUGCCAAAAGACUCCACUUUCAUGCUCAGUGCGGAGCCAACUCCAGUUUUAUACGAGUGGCCUAUUUUGUCUGGGGUGGAGGUUGUGUGGGUUUCCCUGUAUACUCUGGUCUGCGGCGAUGGGAACACUGUGGUCGUGUGAAUAUAGUGUCCAUAAAGUUUGAAGAGUGACCUUCAACCAGAGGGUCACUCUGAAGAGAAAUUGCUGGACCAGAAGACCGCGCCAAUCCUUUUUUUUUUUUAAGUAUUUGAACUUUGUCUGCCUUCUGAGUCGUUUUUUUAAGAAAGAACAAAACUUUUAUACUUGUCAUCCAGAUGAAUUUACAAUCUCCGUUCUGUGGGAGCCGGGGUGCGAUGUUAGAUGCUGACAAAAACAGGCUGAUGUUUGCAAACCAGGAAAGAAUAUAAUCAAUCGAAAAGACUACAAAUCAAACAUUGAAAUGGACAGAUGUUAAUGUGACAUAACUGUGCAUAAAAAGAGCACCCUAGAGAGGCUGUGUCCCAGAAGUUAAGGUGGAAAGAGGUGCAUUACUCAGGGACUGGGUUAGCAAAUGUUCAGCAAUCACAGAGUACUGAUCCCCCUAAAACUGCAAAAGACUCCAGUGUUUUAUUACCAAAGGGACAGAAUUCCUCCAAGAGAUCCAAAGAUCAGGAGAAUUUUAGGGACAAAGAUGUAUCAUCGGUUCUUCAUACAUGGCUCUGUUGUGGGAAUCACUGCAUGGGUUCAAAAUCCUGCAUCCACAAAUGCAGGUUAAAACUUUAACACGCAAAGAGGAACAAUCCAGACUACUUGUGAACUGUGACCUUCUUUUCGGGACUCAUGGAUACUCAGUCCCUGCUCUUAGGAGCGGGUAAACCUGGUUUGUUGCUAACACACAGCUCACAUAAAUGCGGAAGAAUAUAUACACGUUCUGGGGCAACUUCUGCUUCCAUCCAGAUAAUCUGUUUUUCAGGGAGGACCUCGCAAAAUACAUAAAAAAGAUGACAAACUACAUUUUGCUAAUAUUGACUCAGUAGUGGAAGAGUCCAGGUGCUAAACUGGAAUACCUGCAGUGCUGUUUCGUCUUUGCAGUUCAACAUAGACUUUAAAUUAUUCGCAAACCGUCAAAUUCUGUCUUUAUCAACAUUAUUCAAAGCAGCCCGACUCUUUAGGUAUCAGGGCUGUGAUUCACUCCAUUCUGGCACACUCUGUCGGUAUCAGAGACCUGGUUUUCCCCCCCGAAGCAAAAUAUCUAAAUUCCUCUUUCCUUGCUCAAAAUGUUUUUCCUCGUGUCUGUCUCACGGAGGAAUGUGCUUUGGGAAGUUUUCAACACCUCCGAGACCGAGCAGGAAGAAGGAGGCAUUCUGACUUCUGCUGCAGAAUGACUCGCUCGCAUCCGCUCGGCUAACAGCCUCACAAACAAAGACUGUUCUGUUUGUGAGGAGGAGUACAGAAAUUUUUUUUUUGCAGCGUAUCCCUCUGGCUGACUCACAUUACGCGAUCACUCGGCUUUGAUUAAGACUCCGUCUCUGUGUGUGAUAUUUGAAAUUGACUAGAAGUGGACCUUGAGAUGGAAAUAAACACGGGGUUAUCCUGAAAUCAGAGUUAGUCUUUUGCUGUGUUGCUUCUUUAUGUCCCCAGUGACAGCAGACCUAUGGAGAGAAGCUCGCUCCAUACCCCCCCCUCCUCUGCUGUGCUACUGUAAGGCCAUGAUAGGGGUAGCGGAGUGGAAACACUUAGGCAGCGAUUUUGGUUGGGAGCGGGAUAGAAUCUGUGCCAAUUUAACAAGGCCUCCGGCAGAAGGGAGCGCAAGGGAAAGGGGAAAGACGGGGCGGGUGGAGGUGGGAGACAGGGGGUUGGGCUUUUAAAUAGAAACAGCCUCUCAGACAUGUAUUUCUCCAACAGCUUCUACCUCAACCUCUCAUUAUUUUCUUAGCGUGUCCCGAAAUUCUGCAGAAACGUCUCCAAUAAGCUCUUGUUCGACAUUUUCUUCACUUUUAUUUUGUUAGGGGGUACUUGAGGACGCUCUUUGCAUCCAUUGCAUUGUUUCUUAAAAAUAUCUCCUCACUUAUGGUCUCAUUAAAAUAAUUACAGACUCAUUUGAAACAUAAUCCCCCUCAUAGCGUUUGAUCCAGCCUAGUGUGUGAUCUUUUUAUCGUGGUGAGGCAUCACUGAACUGUAAUGGCUACCAUCUGCCCGAUAUUGUUUGUGCUGCAUGCUUGUCAAAGUCACUCUUUCUCAAGUGGUAAGAAGGGGAAGUCAGUGUCCUGGAGGUAACGGAGAGGAGAGCGUGGAGCACUUGGGGGCUUGUGUACAAAGUGAUAAGAGCUUUAACUUAUGUUUAUUAAUUUCCCCCUGAGAGGAGCGGUGGAAGCACAGGAACAGCACAAAACUGCUGAGUAUGUCCGCACUGACCAUCCUCUACCCUGAUAUUAACAUAACAUUUAUUAUUAAUGAUGCUUCUUGUGCUUCAGUAAGCACAUUAACAUUCACCUUUUUGCUUCCACUUGAUAUUUUUGCCCUUUUUGGCGUCUUUCACUGAGAACAGACGCAGAAAUAUCCUGCUGGCUUACUUUGCUGCUGUUAAAUGAAGCUAUCAAGUCAUACACAGCCACAGUUCGUUAACUAUGACAGAAAUGCCGCGAGUUGAUGUGACAGAACCACCACUUAGCCAUGCAUUAAGUCAUGCAGUCAUAGCUUUGAGAGCAAAUUAGGGCAUUUCAUCUGCAAGACAACUUCCCACUAUGAUAUUAUUGUGAAACUAUUUGUUUCACCCUCCGUCAUUCAGAAACUAAGUGAAAUUAAUAGUUUGCAGAAAGUCUGGCGUGUGCCUCUACUUCUGGUACUGUUUAGGUCGGCACAAUGACUGUCACGUGUGCUGGUUUCAUGUGCAGGGGAGAUACAAAUCAAGACUUGAGAGGCUGCGCCCACUCAGUCUCAAAAAUGGUCUUAACUGCAAAAUAAGCUUCUUCUCUUAAUAUGCUUUCGUAGACAGCUCUGAUGGUCAUGUGGAGACUAUUUUGAGCUCAUAUAUUCACAUAAUAGAGCUGGCCAUCAACCGAAAAUUUACUGAUACCGAAAUAUACUAUAACCAACGUCACUUUGUCCAUAUCGGUAAAUUGGGUGUCGAAAAAUUUAAAGUUUAGGGCUUUUUUUGUUGACAUUUUUAGGAUAUAUUGUUUGUUAUUAAAGUUUUAAAGAAGCCUUCUAUAUUAUUUAUACUAUCCGGCUGAAAAUCACAUUAACAGUAUGAGGUUUGAGGUCAGAGGACAGAGGUCCACCAUUCACUUUAGCAUGAUCUGCAACUUUCAUAUGCUCUGCAGUAGGGCAGGGUGAUAAAGCGCGAAAAUUUACCGAUACAGAAAUUUAUGACAAUAACCGACGUCAUUUUUCAUAUCAGUAUAUUCAGUGUCAAAAAAAUAAAAGUUGGUUUUGGAUAUGUGUAGGUAGACUAUGGUCUCAUGUCCCUUUUAAGAUGCUGUCCUACAUCAGAGACGUGACUCCACCCCAUCCAGUCUGUAACAAAGAGGGAAAGACAGGUGAGGAGAUGGAGGACAGUUCAAAAGUUGAAGCGGCUGAAGUAGACGAAGUUAAUGUGGGAGGGGGUAAGCAGCUUGUGGAGUAGUUAUCCAUUUAUCGUUAUUAAGGUGAACUGAUCAAUAUAUCCUGAUAUUGAUUUGAGGCCAGAUCACCCAGCCCUAUCACAUAGUCAUAUUCACAUGGCCUUUGGUGGACAGAGGGGAAGAAUUCGGUGGGUUGGCAAAUGUUUCUUCAAAUUCCAGUUCCUGAAAGAUUAGAUGUAAAGCGCGCAACACAAACAUGGCAUCCGUAGCCCGUCAUGGCAGCCAUAACAAUUAAAAAACAAGAGCUGGAUGAGCCCCUGCUGUCAUCAAGGUGUCCUGUUUGGGAACACUCUGAUUUCUUAGUGAAACACAACAGUGAACAAAGAAAAAACAUAAAAACAGAGCUCUCUUUGGUAGAAACAGCCUCUUUUUUGCUGUUUUUUUUCCUGGUAGAUCAAAAGUGAUUUGAUGGUAGUAGAUCUUUGAUCGGUUUUGUGUGAAUACUGUUUGUUAGUCCCUGGUAUCCAUUCCAUGAUGAUAGGUAAUCAUGUAAUCAAGGUGUUGCAUAUAGCAGGUACUAACAGCGUCUAUCCUGACCUUUCUGCAGGUGUUUCUUUGAUGCAGCAGGAUGGCGUGCAUGUCUUUCUGAACCUCACAGCACUACAUCUGAAUUUCCGGCAGCUGUUGCUCUUGUUUUCUUCUUUUUGAAUUAAUGCUCCAAUGGGAAGCAAACAGCCCUGAUUUUUAAUGCCUGAAGCUGGAGUUUAGGGGGAGGAGUCAGCAUAUAGGCAGCAGGUCAUUUUAUUUUUGUGAAAAGGCCCCACUCAAGCAUGUUGAUGGUGAUGCAAAGACUAAUUUGGCCACAGGGGGCGCCAAAAUUGACCCAUAAUGAAAGUUCCUCACAGGAGCUUUAAUGCAGUUCAUUCUUCAUCUUCUGUUAUGUGACUCAGUUAGUAAACAGUGAUCAGACGCGCUACAGCUGCUGUCUUGCAGAAGAAUGACGUUAAAUCAAGCGCCAUUAAAACACAAUGGGAUGUGUACUUUUAAGAUGAGCAAAUCUUGUCGUGAAGUCGUUUCAAAAAUCAUAAUCCAACCCUGUUCAGAGAACAAUAGUCAAACAUAUUAAGAGUAAUUGAUUCAUGCAGUUCGAUCACACGAGCUCUUUAUAAACAAGCCAAAGCUGCUGCGUUUGUGCACAACUUGUCUAAGCCAUCUGCUGCAGCACUCAUGACUCAUAGAUGGACCUCCAGAGGUACCAGUGUGUGUUUUUUUUAGGUUGAGUCUGUGCUCAAAGGGCAUAACAAAGAUGUCAGCGCCAGUCUCAGCCCUUUGAAAGAAAAGUUGAAUUCUGUAUAAAUAUAUAGAGAGAUUUUGCAAGGUUUAUUUAAGAAUUGUACAUUUAUCAAGCACUUUAACGAUAUAGAUUUCCUCAGAACUAAGACAGAGACCCUGGCAGAUAAUGCAAUCUCCCCCUACUUUACCUAUAAUGCGAAUAAAAUACUUAGUCUAUUUCUGUUUCUCAGCUCGAAGCCCUGCAAAGGAAAAUAAGGCACGUUUUCAGAUUUGAGAUAACCAGAAUGAGGAGAGAAUCACCUCUCGCAUCUCUCCUCACGUGUGGCAGCAUGUUGUGACUAAUCUGUGACUACAGAAGGAGGUAGAUGACAAUGAUAAAGCUCAGUCUGUGAACACAAAACAACACCUCAUGAAAGCUGUAGUUAGGAGCGAGGGAUGCGGAGGAACGGAGAAUAAGGAAAGAUUUGUCGUAUGCAAUGCCAGGAUUUCUAAUAAUAUAGCAUCAGUGUGUUUCUGUACUCGUGAAAGAUAAUAGGUCCUGUUAAAGCAACCACAUUCCUGCUCUGUAGUGUUACUGCCGCUCUAAUUAGAUUGAUUCCCACUGUCAUAAAGUGCGUUAUUAUUUCCAGUCUUUUCUGAAUUUACUUCCAGUUGGUCAGAGGGGGCACUUGGCAGUUUUGAGGGGGGAUGGACCAGCGAGAGACUUGGAGAAUAGCCACGAAAACCUCACAUAAAAGCCCGCCUCAGUUAUGAAUCACAGCUGUAAUUAAGUCAGUGAUAUUCCUGGCUCAGUCUGAGGAAUGUUACAGGAGCGUGUGGCCACUUUCAAGAAGACACUCAUCCCGUGAGGAAUUUCGAUAGAGGGGUUUACUCAUUUCCUUCAGAGAUGACACAUGCUUUGAGUUUUUCACGCUGCAGGUCGGAGCUGUUCUAUGAGAAAGAGCUGCGCUUUAAGGAAAUUAUGCAGCUCCAGGGUGGGCCUGAGUUUUUGUUUCCUGUAUUUGCAAGAGCGGUAGCCCACCCUGGCAAGGACUUGAACCGCAUCUCCCACCUCCACUCUGCCCGCCCGCUGUGAAAGGAGCUUUCUUCACAGACAGAACUGAUUUACCACCGAUGAUCACAACUGAAAGGAGCAGCCCUGUUCAAAGCACCCGCCCUCCUCCACCUCUCUGAGCGUCCCCUUUGUGACCUGCGGGUGAAUCUGACACAAGGCGUGAUCGUUCCUCAGCUGGAAGGUCAACAAAACUCUUAACAUCUCCCUGGAUGUGUGUCUUCUUUUGUGCGGACUUUCUAUUCGGUCAGACGAGACCUCACUGGAGGGACCUCAAGAUCUCCUGGCCGACUGACAACACAAACACAGUUGUAAAGCAGCGAGGAUGGUUUAUUUCUUCAGGGCUGCAGGAAUGCACCCUGCAGACUGAUAAAGACGGCCCUGCUUACUGGCUUCCCCAGUAAAUGACAUUUAGUGGCAUCAUUUAGACGAUUGGAUGUGUGUCUUUAUGAAAACAAAAGAUUAAUCGGAGACUUAACUAUGAAAUAAAAUCAGAGUUUUACGAGAGGAAAGAUGCCAAGAGCCAUUUUCAGCUCUGUGAGGGAGAAGGAGUGCCAGGGCCCUGAAAUUAAGUCUUUAUUUAAUACUUAAAGAACUCUGAAACCAACUCCAACAUGUUUUGGCCAUGCGACAGCCCUCAUCAGAGAGACUUAAUAGCACAGCACUUAACCAAAGAGCACAAUCGACAAAUACUUUUUGCUACCAGAACAUAAUAAAAGCCUUCUCUACUUAGGGUUUGCAGUAUUGAUUGUACCUUCGUGCCUCAACGCUCGGGUCACAAGAGCAAGGACGACGCAUUUAAUUAGCUCAGCAGCCCCCUUUCUUGAAAUUGGCUCACGCAGACAAGCUGAUUUAUGUCCGUAUUCAUGUAUGAGUUGUCGUCUGUGAGGCUGCAUGUCGAUCCUCGCUUUGGAUGAGCUGAAGACCAUAAUCCCUGCUGAAUACUGUAAUUUACCACCGAGCAGUCUGACAGCCGGGCAAAUUACAGGUCUACUGUGUCUGAAUCUGUAACACCUUUGGAGCGACACUGCAGAAACAUGACUCUGAACAUGGCUGGCAUCACUCCUCCUGAGGUGAUGCCCCUUGGUAUGUGGCGUGCCCCUGCCAAGCCUUUACAGAAGCGGCGUAUCUGAGUAUUUUCAAGGCUUAAACACAUAUUCCAACUUGUCAGAUUUUGCUUUAAUUGAAGGUUAUUCAAAUGAAAGUUUAAUGAAAGUUGGUUUGAAUGAAUGCAGAGAAAUUCCUGGCGUGUUUUUAAAGGCUGGUUUUGCUGCAGGGUUGAAGGCCUUUAAAGUAAAGAUGUGUUUUUUCUUUUUUUUUUUCAUUCCUCACCGCCUCUUGACCUGAAUGCCAAGCAUGACUUCGCAACUACCUGAUCCCACAGCAAGCUACCGCAGCUUUCCCUCAAUCUGAAACUGUUGUCUGGACAUUUCCCCCGUGAAAUCUGCCAUAAAACGGUUCCAGACCCUUCCUGGCACUGAGCGUUGAUAGCAGAUAAUGCCUUGUUUGACUUGAUGGCUAAUAAAACACAACUGACGUGCUAGACAGAGCGGUUUCUUGAGCAGGUGAAUGGAAACAUGUGCUGGUAGGGCUAAAUGAGGUCAGCAGGAGGUCAGCCGGUGUAAUGAUGAACAAAAACACGGGCAGGGGUUCAGGAAAUUUGAUCCUGUGCAGGGCAGGGAGCUCCCAGCGCCACCAUGAAAACUGAAAAACACGGAUCUCCACAAAGAAAUGAGUUAUUAUAGGUUGGCAGGGGGGUGUAUUUUGGGGUUUUAUGGAACAUAGUGAGCACAUAAAAGUAGAUGGUUCAAAGAAAGAAAAAGGAGUUAUUGACAGAGCGAACUCUUUUCUAAUUUUGAAUUGACAGGAUCUUUGUGUCCUGGACUUAACAAUCCAUUAUUCCUCCUCUCUCAAAGUGGAACUUCCCUGGAAUUUCUCUUCUUGGAUGAAAUUUCCAGUUGUCUGCGCAGCUGUGAGGAGCUCAAAGAUAUACAGUGACAAGCCUCUGAGAGUGGAGAUCCAUUAAGGGAUGCAGUGAGUGAUUCCAUACACAUGUGGCCAGGUGCGCAGCCUUAUGAAUCAGUCUCUUGUCACCACCUUAAUGAGCUCCUGCCAUUCAGAACUGCACAGACGGUGUUUGAUACAGAGUUUGGUGCGGAGGAUCACACGAUGGAUGUCUUUUAUGCAAGUUAUUUGAUAUCGUAACCCCAAGGAUCCCUCCAUAUUUAUGUGGAUGUUUUUGAAAAGUGUGUUUGGGGUCACUGAAAAUGGAGGCUUUGGAAACCCUCCAAGGUAGAGAGCUUUUAAACAUUUACAAAGACAUUCAGUCAGAGUUCUGUGCUGGAGUUUAUGAUUUUCCAGAUUUUCAUUUUUCCCGUAAAUACAUAUCGAUUCCAAAUAUUGAUAUAUCGGUAAUCAGGAACGCCCAUGUCGUUACCUCUACAGGGCCGCUGUUAUCACUUGUGAUCAUUUACCAACACCACGUCUUCUGAUGUCACUUAAUUUUACGUUUCAACAGCCCAAAAUAUCACCCACUCAAACAUUUGUUUUUAACCAUUUUGGUGUUGCCAUGGAGACAAAGAAAUAUUCAAAAACACCUCUUGUGUGGGAAAGAUUAUUUAUUUAAAACUAAGAAUUAUCCAUUGCCUAUGUAAUCUAUAGGAAUCUAGACAUAGUUUAAAUAUAUAUUACAUUGUAAAACCUCUUACAUAUUAAAUUACAGUUACAUUAACCCGUCUGUAAGUCUCAUGUCAGGAUAAGCACCUCGACUACAUGAACGGGGGGACAAAGUAACAUUUCUUCAUCAUUUUCAACGCCUCCAAGUCAGAAUUUAGUGCUUCUAGAUUGAUGUGAAUGCUGCAGCAGGUACCCUUGGAAAAACAUGCAGAGGGACAGAAGAUUAAAUGCAUGUCUUUUACUGUCUGCUAGGUCAUUGCAGUAGAUUCAUCAUCUCCUGUGUACAAAACCAAGCAACACUUUAAGGCUCUGCAAGCUGAAAUGGUCUUUUAUUCCUGUUAGAUUUUUAGUUUAAAGGUGCAGUAUGUUGUGUUUAGUGGCAUUUAGCCGAACACACUGAGUAGAAAUGGAUGUGUUCUGUGUUGUUAUGGAAAUAUGAAAAUCAAAAACAUUUCGUAAACUUUCUAUGAGCUUUAAAGAGUGGCUGACUUAGGAUCACAUGUGCUUCUUGUGGAAAGAGUGAGUGUCAAGAGAGAGGUUUCUGCCUAUGAAAGAAUUUGUAUUGCAAUUCCUUGAUGGUAAAAACAUGGUGCAUAAUCGCAGCUUUUUGUCCUCAAAGGCCACCGUCAAACACUGACAGGAGGAGGGGCGUGUUCAGUCUAGAGUGUGACAGCUUGGAUUUUGCAGGAUAUCCCAGUAUCAUUACAUCAUUUUAGACUAGAUAACAUUACAGGGAGAAGAUAAUGGUCAUCAGUUUUGGACUUGGUGGAAAGCUUUUAAAUCCAUUGAUGAAUCAGGCUGUGAAAGAGGAAGAACACCUGCAGCUUUCAUGAUAGCUUCACUCACUGGGUCUCCUGUGUUAGGGGAAAAACCUUUCAGUGAGUUAAAUGUGUUCCUGUUAGCUCCGCCCCUCACCUCCACAGCGGUUCAGUUGCACCUCAACAGGUUUGACUGGAAACCCUCUCACCUCACGUGUGAACUCCGGCCUGUGAAGCAUGUUUGAGCAGGAGCGUUUUCAUGCGCUCUGCCUCUGGCGGUACAUGAAUUAAUUGUUUAAGUGUAAUCGUUUCAGCGUCUCGCCUGGUGGUCUUUGAGCGCGGGAGGAAAUGUAUACAGAGCACGAAAAGUGGAGCUGCAGAGUUCAAAUGAUUUUCCCCCUGCAGUUAUCUUUGAACCGUUGAGCUAGCGCCCCAUUAGACUCAAAGCUUUGUCUGUGCCUGGCUUUGUGUCUUCACACUUGUGAAUAAGCGAUAGAGAGUGCCACAGUAUCUCCACUUCAGUCAGAGAAGAAAUUGGACCGAGUAUAAACUUAAACAAAGAACGUUAACAGUGUUUGUCAAACUCUUUUCAAAAGCCUGUUGUUUGCAGACUGGAGCUGACUCUCAUCCACAUACUUGUGUUUAGGAGGUUGGCGCUCUCAUGUAUUUUGGAGCCGGGAACGCUGCAGCUGUCGAACAGACGUUUGUCGAACUGGGUUUUACUGGAGGGCUUGAGGACAGGGCAGCAGGGCUUGGGUUUCUGUUUUCUUUAUGGAUCAGAUGACCCAAGAUGGUGUCUCGCUGAAGAGAACGUGCCGAAUCAAGAGAGGCUGUCGUUGUGAAAUUCUCAGCUAGGACCUCUUAAUUCUCACAUGCUCGCACGCCGCCUCGUUUGUCAUCUGAAAAAAUUAAUCUAGAAGGCAAACAGUCCCUCUUUUGUACGCGGGGCUCUGUCUCCUGUGGCUGGUAUCCAGUUCUGUAACGAGCAGCAGCUGGCUCAGAGGCCUGUACUCGGGAGCCGCAUCCCUCACCCUGAUGAAUGUGUCAUUUGUUGCUUGUUUAGCAGUCGCUUUUGUCCAGAGUUUGAGCCAUCCUCUCUCUAACACACACACAUUAAUAGCCAGAACUCUGCCACAGUUUGUGUAGCCUACUUUUAAAGGGCGCACAAAAAAUCUAGGCCUUCAUCCCUGCUCGGUUUUUGGAAAGAAAGAAAAUAGUUCUUGGAAAGUAUUUGAAGAUUUGCUGCCAAUGUAAGUUCUUGUGUUCUUAUGUAGUACUUAAUAGCAGUUCCUCUUACACCACAGUCAUCAAAUACAGGUUGGAUGACGUCCCCCCCUGUGGUUGUUCUUGUGCUUUAUCUGCAGGAGUCAGACUAUAACAGUGCCAUGACUUCAUAGUUGACAUCCAAGCCUUAUGGAGGGAAGAGGGGCUGAAACAAUCCCUCGAAUUAAUCCAGAAACUUGAUCAUAAAAGAAAAAAAGGGAAAUUAUUUGCGUAGAGCUUUCAUGUCAAUCCUGACUCUAUGGCACAACGUAGUAACCACAGGACGACUAUCAUACAUAAGCUCUGAAUAUUUUCAUAACUUUGAUUUACCAGCAAUACAAAAACUAAAUUUCAAUGUACAAAGUAAUUUAUUUAGUGGUUAAGACAGGAAAGAGGACCCUGCUGUUUCCUCUGUACAGAUAUGCAGGAGUGUGUCCAGACUUUUUUCCCCGAGGUGGCACAACCUGACAUAGAACUUGCCAGGGCAGGCCCGUCAGUUUACACAGAUUAUUCUAGUUCCAGUCUUUUCUAACUUUAGUUCACAUAGAAAUUGUUUUCUUUCUUUGUUUCAUGAUGUCUGAAGUCAGAGUAUCUUCAUAAUCUGUGUGUCAACAGCCUCUGACUGUGUGAGAAACUGUUUAUCAUACACUUCAGCACGGAAGAACUGUCCUUUUAUUCCCUUGAGAAAAUAUUCAUGAUCAAGUAACAUCUCCAGAAUUGAGCCGUAAUGCACACUCAGUGUUUUUCCCGAGCCCUUUGAGAAUAAAACAAAUCAACAACAAGAAAAAUACUCUGCCUCACACUUUGCUCAAGUCCCUGGCAGAGUGAAACAUACAGUAUACAGUACUUUUUUUUUCUCCUUUGGCCCUCUGAAUCCUUUUUUGUCCUUGUUUUUCCCCUUCAAUGGCCUCUUCCCCCUCUGAGCGAGCGGGUUUCCUGUCUCAACUGGAGCAAACCCAGAAUGGCCAAAGAAGGAUUGGGUCCAGAAGGAGCUGGAGGACCAGUUAUAGAGUCAUAGUUGGAAUUACAGCAGAUAUCAGUUGUCUUUUUAUGCCAUACAUAUCAUGCAGAUUUGAUGCUGUGGACCUUCACGCCUGUGCAUUGUGUAUUAGCCUGUAAAAGAUAUAUAACAGGGAAUGAAAAUGUGCAUAUGCUGUUUUUGCCUUGCAGCUAAAAAGAGAUGUUCAGGAAAGAAAAGGUGGGAGAAAAUCCUACGAUGCUGAGGCUGAAUCUCAAACUUGAAUGCUUAAGUUGUAGCCAGAGGACUUUGGAGUGCACUGGGAACAAAAAUCCACAACGGGAUCAUAACUUACCUCCGAGUGUCUCUCUGUCUUUGAUUCUGAAGACACUGACAGACUUGCAAUGACUCACUUUUCAGUAUUUUCCAUGGCUCUGAUAAACAUGUUGCGGAAACAAAGGUUUUGGAUGUCUCGUUGGUAUUUGAAACGUAAAGGUGGUUCACUUUCCCGUCGCUGCCACUUCUGCUUACUGUGAAUCUGUCUCUGCUGGAAUGUCAGUGACUUUUCCAGAGCUGGAAGGGGAGCCGGUAAAGGGGGUCAUGGAGCCAGAGAAAAGAGGUUGAAGGGAGGGUGGAAAAUGCACUCAGUCAGUGAAUACAAUGAGACUCAGAAAGUGGGUUAGGGUCACUGAGUUUUCCCAAUGACUGGGAAAUUACAUAGGAAAAGGCAGGAGAGUGGUUCUUUAAGAGACAUUUAUUGACAUGAAUAUUAUGAUUGGGUAAAAGAUUAUUUUUCUAACAACCUGACCCAACCUGGCAGCUGUGUUUUAUGGUAAAACGUUGUAUUUUAGGGGAGGGGGGAGUAUGAUUAUCAUUGACAAGGGUGUGCAAUGUUGAGAAAAAGUUAUAUCUUAAAAAUUUUGAGGGUAUUUUCCUAAUAAUGAUAAUUGACCUACUUGAAUAAACCUAGCUACGAAAUCUAAUCAUGUCAAUUCUGAACACACUGCAAGUUUAAAUAAGAACAAGAUACAGCUUACAGUGUGAAUUAUGUUCAGCAUUGCUUCAUGUUUUUCAAGAAAGCUUCCUCCUGAGUCGUUUUGCACCCAGCUACACCCAUUAUUGGUUUUCCUCUUGUUUAGGUUUCAGGCUCGUAAUUUCCAUCGCUGCCAGGCUCUUGUGUUUAAUUGGAAGGUUUUCUUUGAACAUUAAUCUCAGAUUUUGAUCCAGUGUCUGUAGAGCCGUCUGUCUUUAUGAUAACCUUAACAGUAAAGUUCCAAACCCCCCAAACUUACCCCCUACUUGUCUGGAGCUUAAAAUGUUCCCAUAAAAUAUUUGACGAUGGGUAAUUAGUGCCUGUAACUGAGUCCAACCCAAGAGAGUGAUUUAUUAGAAUAAGAAACCUGUGAUUUUCUGAUUAUGUAAGGAUGUAAUUAAACAUAGUAAACAUCAGAAGUGAGAAUGCCGUCAUUUUGUAUGUUUUUAUCAGUAUGAAUAACAAUCCAGGUCUCAAGGACAAAGCAAAAACAGAUGAUUGCGAGGCACGGUUUGCACAAGCAAGCUUAUCUUAAACAAACUCAGAAGCAGGUGAUAAAGAAAACCCAUCGCCCCUUCUGUUUACAGGAUCUGUUGUCCAAACUGUCAGCGCCUGCUUGGGAACUCUCAUUAAGCAGGCCAGGUUUGUUAUCUGGCUUCCAGGUGUGGUCAGCAACAGCUCUGUGUGUGGAGUAAGAUUUCACGAUCUACCCACACAAAAGCAGGCAGAUGAACAGAGCGCUGCCUCGGGCUCUGUGACAGAGUCUGAUUCAUACUAUGUUCAGGGGAAAGUUGUGUUAUAUAAUCAAAGCAAGCAGAGUCAUUGACUGAGGAUAAAAGAACUGGAGCUCAGUUUUUAAAACCCUCAAAAUGAAGUUUUAUGCUUUUCCAUAAAAGUCCAAGCAUUAAUGGGUUGCCUAAAAUUGAAACUUUAAUUUUCUUACUUUAAAAAGGUCAAUGUUAAUGAGCUCACAUCCAUCCUGGAAUGUCAGGGUAACGUUUCCCAUAGUUGUAUUCACGAGGAAAUACAGUGGGUCAAUAACCUAGAGAGAGCCAAAGCCUCUGAUGACAUUUUUCCUGUCCCAGUAACCCUGGGAUCCAUGGGAACUGUAAGUAUAAGUAUGCAGAAAUGCUCCUCUUGCCCUGAGGCUGGUGGCCACACAGACCAUGAACAGAUUGUUUUAACAUGGAGGGAAAGUUCACUUAAUGCCCAUUAGCGGAGGCCAUUAUGGAGCCAUUUUCCACGUCUCUGAGAGGAAUUCCCAUUAAAGAUCUUUCAUUAAGACCCACUGUGAUAAUUUUUUUUCCGGAAGGAUUUGUAAAGGUCUGUGCUGAGGGCAUGGGAGCAUGUAGCAUGAUAAUAAGUGAGGCACUAGAGAGAAGUUAAACAGAGCGUUGAUGUGCUGCAGGCAUGAAAACGAUGUCUCUCUUGCCCUCUUAUGUUUAAUUCUUGAACAUCUUCAGGCCGAAUACAGAUUUAUUCCUCCCAUUAAAGCACUAAUAACUUAAACAGUUAAUGGUUGGGCUAAUUGAGCCAUCAAUCUGACUUUAGUCAGAAAAAUUACAUUUGAGUGGGCUCUGUUUGGACAGCUUUUAUUUCAUGAGUCAUUUCUUCCACAUUGUUUAGAUUCAGUCCCACUUCUUUUUUACAUUUUCUUUUGAUGGGUUUCUACAUAUGUGGCUGUUGCUGUACAUGCAUAAGCAGCAAUAUAACUAUAUUAUUCAAUUUUCAUUCCAGUCUUGUCGCCAUAGAUUUUUUUUCCUUACAGGCACACUAAAUUAUUCAAACUGCUACUGCUCCUACAUAAGACACAACAAAGUGCACUAAUUACCAUGAAUUUAUUUUCUUUUGCUCUUCAUGGACUGAACUGAUAGUGAACUCCUGCUGAUCAUGUCUGCUUCCAGGAGCCAGAGGGGUUGUGCUCUCAAUUCCUCUGAGAGGGUUUUUAGCACCACGGUGUUGCUGUUAAUUAUCAUAUGCCUUUUUUAAAGGUUGUCUUAACCUAAUUUUGCAAAGGUACAAGUUCAUUGGAUAAAUACUUGGCAUGAUCUCAAGGUCAGGCCUCAGAUAAUGACUCAGGGGAUUCUGUCCAGGAACCAGCACAUAAACCAAUUUUUUUCCUAUUUCUACAAGUAUUCUUCUCAUCUUUUUACAUUCCUCUUAUACUAGCCUAUAAUGCUUUCAUGGAAUCGUGCAGAUCUCCUUUACUUAUUUUACAUGUUAAUCAAUUUUUCUUUUGUCCCUCUCUUCUCUUUCAGGAUUCCGCAAAAUCAGCCUCGAUGACCUACGAAAGGCCUACAUCGUCAAAGAUGUGCAGCAGUACAUCCUCCACCGGCUUGACCAGGAAGAGGCCCUGAGGCAGCACCUGACCAAAGAGACAGCCGAGAUGCUCAACCAACUCCACAUCAAAAGCAGCGGCUGCUUCUUGUACCUGGAACGGGUGCUGGACGGUGUCGUAGAAAAUUUCAUCAUGCUUCGGGAGAUCCGUGACAUCCCUGGGACUCUCAACGGCCUCUACCUGUGGCUCUGCCAGAGACUCUUUGUCAGAAAACAGUUUGCCAAAGUCCAGCCCAUCCUCAAUGUCAUCCUGGCAACUUGCAGGCCACUCACGGUAAAGGAACUGUACCAUGCUGUCUGGACCAAGAACAUGACGCUGACUAUGGAGGAGUUUCAAAAAAAGAUGGACAUUCUCUCCAAGUUGUUGGUGGACGGCCUUGGGAGUACUAAAAUCCUUUUCCACUAUAGUUUCGCAGAGUGGCUUCUGGAUGUUAAGCAUUGCACUCAAAAGUACCUGUGCAAUGCAGCAGAAGGACACAGGAUGUUGGCGAUGAGUUACACUUGUCGGGCGAAGCAGCUCAAACCACUUGAAGUGCAGGAAUUUGCACUGCACCUUGUUAAUUCCAAUCUACAGAUCGAGCCAUUUAAUCUGGCUCUUUGGAUGGUUUGGAAUGGAACUCCUGCUAAAGACUCUCUGACCACCUCCAUACCAAGAGAGCAGGAAGUCCUGCAACUUCUAGUGAAAGCUGGAGCUCAUGUAAACAACGAGGAUGACCAUGCAUCAUGUAUUGUGCAACAGGCCCUGGAAAGAGAGGACUCAAUACGGACAUUACUUGACAAUGGGGCAUCUGUGAACCAGUGUGACUCCAGUGGGAGAACCCUGCUGGCUAAUGCUGCAUACAGUGGAAACCUUGAUGUGGUGAACUUGCUCAUAUCUAGGGGAGCGAAUAUGGAGUUAGAGGACAACCAUGGGCAGACAGCACUUACUCUCGCUGCCAGGCAGGGCCAUACCAAAGUGGUUAACUGCCUAAUUGGUUGUGAGGCCAACAUAAACCACACAGAUCAUGACGGAUGGACUGCCUUGCGCUCAGCAGCUUGGGGUGGACACUCAGAGGUUGUAUCUGCUCUGCUUUACGCUGGUGCCAAAGUGGACUGUGCAGAUGCUGAUGGGCGAACGGCUUUGAGAGCUGCUGCUUGGGGAGGCCAUGAGGACAUAGUGCUGAACCUUCUCCAGCAUGGGGCAGAGGUCAACAAGGCAGACAAUGAAGGAAGAACAGCUCUCAUUGCUGCAGCAUACAUGGGGCACAGAGAGAUUGUCGAGCACCUCUUGGACCAUGGUGCAGAAGUGAAUCACGAGGACGUGGAUGGGAGGACUGCUCUCUCAGUCGCUGCUCUCUGUGUUCCUGCAAGUAAAGGCCAUGCUUCUGUUGUGAGCCUUCUGAUUGACAGGGGAGCAGAGGUUGACCACUGUGAUAAGGACUGCAUGACUCCCCUCCUUGUGGCAGGCUAUGAAGGACAUGUUGAUGUAGUUGAUCUGCUCUUGGAAGGCGGGGCUGAUGUUGAUCACACGGACAACAAUGGUCGAACGCCUCUUCUUGCUGCUGCAUCAAUGGGCCACGCAUCUGUCGUCAACACAUUACUUUUCUGGGGAGCCGCUGUUGACAGCAUUGACAGUGAGGGACGGACUGUGCUGAGCAUUGCUUCUGCUCAGGGUAACGUUGAGGUGGUAAGGACUCUGCUGGACAGAGGUCUAGAUGAGAACCACAGGGACGAUGCAGGCUGGACCCCGCUACACAUGGCUUCAUUUGAGGGCCACCGUCAAGUGUGCGAUGCCCUCAUUGAGCAAGGUGCUCGCUGCACAGAGGUUGAUAAUGACGGCAGGAUACCGCUGAUAUUGGCUGCACAAGAGGGACAUUAUGACUGUGUGCAAAUUCUUCUGGAAAACAAGUCAUGCAUUGAUGAGAGGGGGUAUGAUGGGAGGAAUGCUCUCAGGGUAGCUGCACUAGAAGGUCACAGGGAUAUAGUCGAACUGCUGCUGAGCCAUGGUGCUGACAUAGACUACAAGGAUGCAGAUGGACGCCCUACACUCUACAUAUUGGCACUUGAAAAUCAGCUGGCCAUGACGGAGUAUUUCCUUGAAAAUGGCGCAAAUGUGGAAGCAUGUGACACCGAGGGGAGAACAGCCCUCCAUGUGUCCUGCUGGCAAGGGCAUGUUGAAAUGGUGAGGCUGCUGAUAAACUAUCAUGCUGAUGUGAAUGCCUGUGACAAUGAGAAGCGGUCUGCCCUCCAGUCUGCUGCAUGGCAAGGGCACACUAAAGUUGUGCAGUUUUUGAUAGAGAACGGCACCCAUGUGGAUCAUACAUGCAACCAGGGAGCAACGGCACUGGGCAUAGCUGCACAAGAGGGUCACAUUGAUGUUGUGCAAAUACUCCUUGAAAACGGUGCUGACCCUAAUCACGCUGAUCAAUUUGGACGCACGGCAAUGAGAGUUGCAGCGAAAGGUGGCCACACGAUGAUCAUAAAACUCCUGGAAAAGUAUGGAGCUACAACUCUAAAUGGCUGCAAUCCCUCCCCAGUUCACACCAUGGAAGAAAAAACACCAUUGGCUGUGACUGGUAAAAUGCAGUCCCUCACGAUUAAAUCAAGCAGCUCUGGCAGCACUGGGGCAGGAGAUCUGCAAUCGUCUGGACGUGGUCUGACUAAUGGACCCGUCCAUGCAUUCAGCUCCCCAUCAGAAUCACCUGAUUCAACGGUAGAUAGACAGAAGUCCUCCCUUUCAAACAACUCCCUGAAGAGCUCCAAGAACUCCUCUUUGAGAACCACAUCAUCCACAGCCACAGCACAGACAGUGCCCAUAGACAGUUUCCACGGACUGACAUUCACAGAACAAAUCCAACAGCACUCACUGCCCCGCAGUCGGAGCAGACAGUCUAUUGUGUCCCCUUCCUCUACAACCAAGUCCAUUGGUCAGCAGCCAUCAUCUCCAUCCAAUGACUUUGACUGGUCGAUGUUAAAAUCAGGCCUUAAGUCAACAAAGGGAAGUAAGACCGGUAAUGAUACAUCGAAUAGUAAAGGAGCGCUGGGAGACAAGAAGAAAAUAAAAAACAGUGGUUCAAUCCAAGGUCAGGUUUUGGAGUACGAAAUGACACAAUUUGACAAGAGGAUUGCCCUCAACAAAUCAGUGGCAAACAUUUCAGUGAAGGAUCCACACUGCAAAAUCAUGAUUGGUGGUUCAAUUCGGUCUGAAAGGGGACAAAGCCAAGAUCAGUACUACAUCCAGCAGCAGAGCUGUGCUGAGAAGAAGAGGAACGGUAUCAUGACCAACCCCAACUAUCACCUCCAGGGUAAUCAGGUCUUCCUGAGUAGGGUAUCAGUUCCUCGGACUGUACAGAACAGAGGCCACCAGGAUGUUUUAGAGAACUAUCCCAUUGGGGAAACUGAGCUAAGCCUUAAACAAGCCCUGAAACUGCAGAUUGAAGGAUCAGACCCUGGGUUCAACUACAAAAAGGAGACUCCAUUAUAGCCGGUAAGAAAUACUUUUCUAAAUAGCCUUUCAGUGUGUGCUCUUGUUGACAUACAUCAAGCUUUUGGCUCAGAGUUGACAUUAAGGUCAGGGUGACAGCAAUGAGACAAGACUAAGGCUUGUCUGUUCACUUAAAGCGGCUAAUAUAGAGGUUACUGGCUGACACUUGGGUGGAACCGGAUCGCGUUCAACACAACCAUAAUUAGUUGGGAUUUAAUUGCAUGAAGAAUGCCUCAAUCUGGAUGAGCAAAAUUUUCAAACCGAAUGGGACAUUAACCUAAAUCUUUCCUGUGCUUUUUCAGAUGUCUUAAUGCCAUUCAUCAUGCAGACAUUGGAGGGAAUGUGCCAAAGCAACUGUUUCAUCUGCAUCACAAAACAUCAGAUCUGUUUUCAUCAGUGGGAGACCUCAGAACAAUAUCGGGGACGAUUGUCUAGUGUUGCCCAAGGCUUAUGUAAACUGAAACAUCAAUGUGCCUACGUCUGUUACAGCUUUCUUCAUGUACUCAUGCAAACUUUCAUUUUAAUUUAAUGUAAUGCUAUUUAAUAAACAGUGUAUGCACUUUUAAAAGAGUUAAAUGACAGACAUGCAUUUGUUCUUUUCACUUUGUAACCCAUCCAUGUUUUAUCAAGAAAUGUUGGAGACAAACAUACCAAUGCUUUUGUUUUUAUUAUUUUUAUAUUAUGUUUGUUCCGUCUCUAUUUCUCACCCUGACAGCAAUGUGCCACUGAGUGCAUUGUCACAAACCACAGGACAUAACAGUAACUGAUUGCCAUGGUAUGAAUCUAAGCGCAUUGAUAGUCUGCCUUUCUAGAGACCCCAAAUAAUCUGUGUUAACCUUGAUCAGUGUGCUUACGUUGUGUGUAAUAUGUUAAUAGCUAUGGCAAUUUACUUCAUGAGUAUAUACAAGCAUAUUUAUUUUUGGAAAAAAAGCCACUUUUGCCGCAUUUUGUUUUGCAUUAUGCUCUACCAUGGUGCUGUGUUCAGAAGUUGCCUGCAGUUAUUUUGGACUCCCAGUUUUGUUGGCUUUGUGUGUAUGUGUAUUGUUACAGAUAUCUAGGAGAGAGGGAGGUUCAAUGAAAAUGUUAAAAAAAAUCAUUUUGUCCCUAUGGGAUUUUUCAUUUGCUUGUGUUUUAUUAUUUUAUGUGUACAAAAAUAUUUAAUGAACUCAUUGUGUACCAUCAGCAGAAGUUUGGUGCUAAAUGCAGCGAUUUCAAGUGAAAGCAGGGAUUUGAAGAAAUGCAUCUGUCCGAAGAGUUACUUGUAUAACCAAAUGUAAUGCAAGAAACAAAACCCGAGCUUUGUUUCCUUCUGGUCAUGUGGUUCAUUUCUAGUAAUUCUUGACGGACUUUUCAGGGGGUAUGACACAAAACAGCUUGAAAAGGGUUCAGCCAUCCAGACAACUCAUAGCUGUGAAUGGUUUUGUUUGCAAUGCAGAGUUAAAAAGCCAAAGUUGAAAUAACAUUACCCUGUGCCACCUCCCCUUUGUGAGAAGCUGAAUAUCAGCUCAACAGGACCUAACCCUGCAGGAGACAGAGGGGAGGAGGUGCUCGACUGUGUCGCUGAGGGAACCGAAACAUCUGUUUCUCAUGAACUGUGUGGAGCUGCGUUAGCGUUUAAAGGCUGUGUCAUAUUUUUGCAGGCUUUUCAUAUUGUCAACAGUGGGCUAUAUUUUGGGAUCAGAGGGAGUAGAAACCUAUCGCAUGCACAAACACUUAUAAGCCCAAGUGAAAACUCGCAGUGCCACAGUAGCUCAACUAUACGCCAUGAAGGGUCAAUGGAAGGAUUCAAGGCAGGAUCAGGUUUAGAAACAGUGUUGGAAAACAUACUGUAUAGUCUUAUGAAACAGUUCUCUUGUUUGUCUCGACUGUAUUUUGUCUGUCAUCUUUGAUUUGACUGUCAGUGAUUGGAUUGUAAAUAGCUUACCGUGUACAUUCAACUUUCAUUUAAAAAGAAUUCCUGUAUUAUAUGAAGUGGAAUUUUCUGAUGUAUAUUAAAGUGCUUAAUAAACAUAUUUGCUUUAACUGCUGAAAACUGUGUUUUUUUUAUUUCUAACCUGAUAACUGCAAACACAAACUGGGUGUAAUGUUAGAACAAGGUCGUGUUAAGAAAAAAGGUACAUGAAUGGAUGUUACAAGCUCAAUGCUAUUCAUCUGAGCUUGUACUAACUUUUUUGCUCCUCUUUUUGCCGACGUCAUCUGUGCCUAGAUCGUAAAACACCGGUGCAUCAUCAUUAUUAGUCCCUGGCAGCUCACUUCUGUUUUGGCUUUUUUAUUUGCAUCCUUUUAAUUUCGCAGUUACUUUUUUUUCUAGUCAAUUAUUUUUUUGUUUUUAUCUGCACUGUUUCUUUUUUUUAUUUGCAGCGGGCAUGGGUUUCUUCUGUUUUUAUUUCUUUUUAUUUUAUAUUUUUUAGUUUUUUUAAAUUAAUUGAUUUAUUUUUUUAUUUGCAGAAGUGGCGUUUCUCGGCCAGCAUACAGAUGACUGUAGCAGACGAGUUGGAAGUGUACAAAAUAAUAUGUAAUUCAUCAUCUUUUUCAACACAAAUUGACUCAAAUAUCGCGAGGCGCUUUAAAGUCGAUUGCCGCUUGUGACGUCAUCGCACGCGUUCCGAGCCCGCGCGCGAAAAUAACGUCGUUUUCCGGAAAUACUAAGGAGUGAACGCUCUUGCCUCAGUGGAAUCUUUGCGGGAAGCAACAGGUAAACAAAACGUAGCAAAAUGAAGGAGUGAGACAUCUUGUACUCUUACUAUCUCUGCUUAGUGUUGCACGUGCCUACUCGCAAGCGGGAAACAGGAAAAGACAACAGGACAUGGCGGCCACCAUAGCAACCGGAACUCCUGAAACCCCCGCAGUCCAGGAGGCUUUUAAUCCAAACUGUCUUCAAGAUGUCAACAUGGAGCUUUCAAAGGGGAGGCAGUCCGAAGUUAAAGCCACACUGGGUGAGUUUUUAGCUACAUAUUAGUGACCUUAAAAAUCUUAAUCCUAUCACACUGUAUAUCUUUGUCUUCCUAUCUUUUGAAACACAAGAGUAAAUUUUAAGCUUACUGUAUUAAAACUUAAUCAUUUUUUCAAGGUGAUGAUUUAAUUGUAUUUUGAGAGCUUAAAAGAGUACACUAGUCCUGCUGUUUAAAAGCUUAUCAUUGAUGAGCCCUUGAAGCAAAUGCUAGCGGCUAAAAUUAGCGUUACUGACAUGACUAUCAACUUGCAAACGGCAACAUAAACCUGUUUGGACUAACUUUAGUUUUCUGGGUGCAUCUUAGACAGGUGGCUGUCAAAGCUUUGAGUGCGGUAUUUCAAAAUAAAACACCAGAUGCAAAUUCCUGACUGUAUAUCAGUUUGUGUAGAUGAGAAAUACUUCCUGGUUCUGGAUUUAUUAGUAACACAGAACAAUCCGAUGGUCAAUCCCUGAUCCAUGUGGAGCCCAACAGGACUUUUAAUUGCUGACUCUGUCUGAAGGUAACAGCACAGCAUAAAGGAACAGAGUUUACUUUAUUAAACACGAGUUAACCUGCAAAAACCCAAACUGUAAAAUCAUGUUGCUUUUUCACAUGUAGUAGAGGCUCAACAGUCACUGAAUUAUAUCCAAAUUAGCAGGAAAUAAACCAAAGAAAGGCAAGUUUUGAUGUCUGUUUCUGUAUAUGGUUCAUAUUUACUACUGCUGCCAUGGUUCCAUUUGUUGGGCCUGUUGAACAUUUACGAUUUCAAGUAAGGGAUGCUCUGAUCAUCAUCCAUGCAGAUUGGAAGGAGGAGAAAUCUCAAACACAAUUUACACCGCAGGAUCAUCUAUCAAGAUCAUCUUUAGAUCCAUCUGAUAAACUGACGUUUGUUAGAAGGAGGAUCAGUCCCAAAAUCAGCUCGAUUAUCCUGUAGUGCGUUCCCUGCUUUAGCAUCGGUAUACCUGUUGUGAGCAUGUUGUUUCCUCUGUACUGAGCCCAGCUGACCGGCGCUGCAUUACUUUGCUGCUACGCUCCAAAUUCACAUCCUGUAUGCGAGCGCUUAAUACGGAUCAUGUCUGUUUUUGGCUUGAAGCAGUCAGUUCUCAAGUCCAACACACUUAAAAGAUACUCUACACAUAAACUAAGAUAUAUACAAAAAUGUAAUAACAAAAUGCAAUAAAACACAGUGUCUAAGAUGGAUACGACUACUAAAAUGAGGAAUGUUAUAUAACAGCAGCGGUGGGGGCUGAAAUGUAACAGCAUCGUAAAGGGCAACAUUGAAUUACUAUGUCUUACCCCAGCUCAGAAAAAAGCUGUUUAUCACCCCAUAUUUCUAGCUGAACUGCCAAUACUCCUGAACUCAAGGCAGGCUGAUUGAUCAGUCUGGAACAGAGAAGCUUGUUCUAGCACUGAAGAGCCGUUGACUUAUCGGCAUUUUUUUAAAGAUGAGAUAAUAAGAUGAUUGAGAGGGUGAAGGCAACUCCUCGAACCCCACAAACCCGCAGUGACUGAUUAUAUUUUCCCACGGAUUCCCAUUUCUGUCUGAAGGCCAUUUCAGUCACUGCAGUGAUACUUUACUCAUGCAUUGGGUCUGUGAAGCUACAGGCUAUGCAUUCAAUUCCUACCUCGCUGUUGGUUAUUUGAUGGUGGAGGGCCAAACCAGGACACUGCAGGCAGCACGACACAUGGAUCAAGCUGAAGUGGAACACAGGAGUGUGCCAAGUGCUACCACUCACCCCCCUUCCCCUCGGUUCACUCGGUUCAUCGCAGUCAAACGGGAGCUGCCAGGGAGAUCAAAUACACAGAUGGCGGUGGUUUGAGGAUCUGUUGACUUUUCAUACGCGUUUUAUGAUAACUUGCAAGAUUGCAUUCCUUUAAUUUUAAGGGCUGUAACUGGAUUCCUUUUCUGUCAUUGUAAAUCAAAUCUUAUACGGAGUUUAAAUUCAAAAGAAGCAUGAGUUUUGAUGCUUUCCAUUCAGGAGCGUUUUAGCUCGCAGGACAAAGACGAUGGGAUUGGACAGAGUUGUUGCACGGACUAAUUAGACUUAAUUGCCGGCCAUUAUCCAACAUUUCAUCAGAACAAUUCACCAGAGCAGCUCGAGAGAUCUUUGACUUUAGGACUUUGAGUACAGUCUUCUCUGCAUGUUUUGAGAGGGUGGGUGUUAAUGAGGAAACCAUCUGGUUCUGAUGUAAUGUAGUAUGUCCUGUCCAAGCUUGGAGGAUCUCCCUGUGAAGCAUCUGCCAGUGGCCACAUCUGGUUCUUCUCCACCCAUGCCCUUGUUUUGGAUACAGCACUAACAAGCUCCCACGCAAUAUAUACACAACAUGGCGACAGUUGUGGCUGAGAUGUUCCAAUCGCAACUUUAGACUCAGGGCUCUUCAUUUACGAACCUCCCUGAGCCUUUGACGUUUAGGUUUUCACUCCAGAAAAACACUCUAGAAUCAGAUUUUUUGGCAGAGCUUGUUUUUGCACACAUGGUUCCAAACUGGCUGAAGGCGACUAUCAAAUCAUAAAACGCUGUUGUGUCCUUGUGGGAAUAUUUUUUUUUUCCCAGCAUGCCUCUGCUAUAGGAAGCCUAACAAGAAUGCAAACAUUGAGAAGAUGUCUUAGCAGCUUGGCAGGGCAGUGCAUAGUGUCUGGGUUCCAACUCUCUGCUAAGACAUAUGUUGCGUUUCAAUAUGGCAGAUGUUGUAUAUUACACUGUGUGUACGAUAAUUACAGUUUCACAUUUGUUGGAGACCUUAGAGAGUUUAGAAAAUGCAAGCAUAAUUGGCCAAAGAUGGAACUAUAAGCGCUGUUACCAAAGCUACGAGGCCAUGGUAUGAAAAAGCAUGAAGCACUGUGUUGCUAUAAAAGGAACAAAUGCGCUCAACAUAUCCUGUUCAAUGGAGAAGUUACUUAAUAAAUGCACUGAUUUGUUUCUGCACCGCAGUGUACCCAACUCUCCACUCUUCUCCAAAAUCUGAGUGUAAAGGGUGGUGAUGCCUUAAGGCAGUGGUUCUCAACUGGUCUCACUCUGGGACCCACAUCUUCCCAUGGUCCUUAAAGGUUCUUUCACACCGGACCGUUUAUUUCGGACAUCAAUAUUUUUUUUCCAACGCAUAUCCUAUCAAUACAAGCGUUCACAUUAGCGACGUUUUCCUGUCCUGCGAUAUUGCGGCAUUUAUUUUUUCGGAUCAUGGUUGAUUUUUCUAAAGUUUCGCAUACCGUGUGUCCACUUCUGACCAAUCAGAUUGCGUGUUCUUGGGACGUCUGAUUCACCAGUAUAUCCAACAUGGCCGACUGGCUGAUUGUUUACGUGUCGGAGAACAGAGUGCUUUUUGAUAAAAGACACAAAUAUUACAAAGAUAACGACCUGAAGGACAACAUACCUUCGGAUUUCUCAUAUGACGAUAGUUUGUGUGCUUUAACAGUUUGCUAAACGUCUUUGUUUUAACUUUCAUCUGUGCUAACGUAAGCUAACGGUUGUUACCAUAGUUUCAUGUGCUUAUCUUAUCACCUCUAAAUGGCUAUAAGUGCUGACCAUUUUGCUAGAGCGUGUGAUGACGUUUCCAGCGAAGGAAGCAGGGCUUUAUCUCUGAAGGAGAGCUUUCUUUGACUGGUGCGUUCUCAGAGGUGUCUGGUUUUCAUGUUUCAAAACUUUUACAAAUUUGUCCUGGUCUCUCAUCGUUUUCAGUUAAAUCAGGAUAUUACUCCAAUUAUCUGACUAGAAAAGAACUUAAAUCUUCUUUUCUAUGUUCUGAGUUGAUUCCAUGGUUGUUGCCAUGUCCAAGACCUGCAGGAUUUUUUUUUUUUCAUCUACUCGCUCAAAACACUGCGCUCCUCUUACUGUGUCGAUUUUGUCACUUAUCUGCUGUAAGUCUAUUGUGGACACUGAUUUCUCUCUGCUUCCACGCAUCUGUCACAAUAUUGAUUUUUUUACCCGUGUGUGUGUGAGUGACAGCCACAGCCGGGGUGAAAUCAGUUCAAGGUUUGACAUUUGCCUUUUUUUUCUUUUUGCUGCUGUUAACUUUAAUAAUUCUGCGACCAGGCUUUGAUUUAUGCACGUUAGGGGAGUUUGGAGAGAGUUUGACAUUUCACAGUUUUGAUCAACUCACAAUCAUCAAAGAUGACGAUUCAGCUGAGACCUCAGUUCACUAACACAACAGACACAGUUAGGGACUGUUGCAAAAGUUCAAUGCUGCUCUUCACACUGUGAAUAUACAUGGGCCGUCACUUUUUAUUGGAAGUUUGAACCCUCAUUUGAACUCCUGAGGAAAAGGUUCAUAUUUCAACUCAAAUGAGACUCAUUAUAAAACAGGAUUAUUAUGAGUGCAUUUAGCGUCCUGAGUCCUCUUGUUGUAACCUGACCAGUCCAUGCACUCUUGACAUCGGUAAACUAAUAUACUAAUGUUGUUCUAGAAACAUGCAAAUCAGAUCAUACCUCCACAUCACCACCUUUAUCUGUGUGCAAUAAACUUUGUCAAACAGAAAAAAAUGGCACAGCAGCAUUAUAUUGGUGGGAAAGUCAGGGUUGAAUCAUUUAUCUAAGGUGGGAAAUCCUUAUUAAGGGCUCAGAUUUUAAUACUCGCUGCAACGUGAGAUUAAUAAUUUGAUUUGAAUAAAAAAACUGAAAUUUAUUGUCUGUUAUGGACAAAAAUGAAUAAAACUAUAAGUAAGUAAAGCUGAAAUGAGACUAAACCUAACAAGCAUUUUAAUCUAAAGCUGAAGUAGUUUCCAAAAUAAAUCUAAAAUUAUAACUCUUGAUCUGUAAAUUUUUCCCUUUUUUGUACUUUUUAUCCCACUCUACAAAUUAAAGUUAAAAAAAUAUAUAUUUCUAGUUUUUUCCUGUAGCCUGACGCUGGUUUUCUGUCAUUUAACAUCUCUAAUUUUACAGUAAAAUGCCAAAAACAACAAAAUUAAUCUCAUGUGCUCCACCAGCCAAUUUACAUAGAACUUGCUUAUAGUUAGGGACCAGUACAUACCUUUUUCGCAAAAGUGAUCAUUCUGCCAUGCCCACAGCUGACAGUAAAUAAAGACUGUAAGGAUACAUCCCACUGGACUACUUAUAAGCUCCAAAUGUUAAUUGCUGCUCUGGAAAUCUGGCGUCUGAAAGAGCAUAAAUAGGCAACAACUGCAGAUCAGUGCCAGCAGUGAUUUGGAGAGGAGGCAGCCAACCGUCGGCUCAUGGAGAAAUUUUACAAAAGGGAUAUUUAAAUCUGUCCGUCCACUUUCGAAUGACACAAGAGCAGCCAUGUGGAGCCUUUCAUCAGACCCUGCUUCAAAUUAGAUUGGAUGGAGCUGCCAGUUUAGCAGCAUAUUGUUUCAGUGCUGAGCAGAAGGGAUGAUUUUUGUCUCGUAGCAAGAAGAGGAGAUGACUGCGAGCUCGAAAUUUGAAGUGGAAAUUAAAGUUGAUGAUGACGGUCUAUUGACCUUGAGAGGAGCUCCAAAUCUAUUCACAGCUCUAUAUUUACACUAUUUCGAUGGUUAAGAGUCAGUCGGUUUUCCUCAUAAAGCUGUUACUCAAUCUAUUCAAGUGGGUAUUUUCCCAACCACACCUGCUCUCCACAAAAUCUUGCUUUACAUUGACGUAAUUUGGGCCCAGCAGCAGCUUUUCAAGGGAGGUGAUGUAACUUAUGAAGAAAAAGUUCAUAUUCAGUCAGUGAGGAAAAGAUGAACUCAUCGGGAUGAAAACACACCCUGCUUUAGUUUUGGGAAGGAUGAGGAUUAUGUUUCUAUAUUUCUAUGCCAGUUAGAUUAUACCAGCCUGUGCCAGUUUAUACAAACAGCAAACAGAUGCAGCUUUUAAACAUAGAGCACAUGAUCCACACGUCUUACAUGCAGGUUGCUUUCUUAUCCAUCUUCAAGGUCAGUUAAAUUGCAGGAAAUCACUUAAACCGUUUCAGUUUGUCAUCAGUUAUGUUGACAUGGAGAUUAGAGAUUCUUAUUUGACUAUUUUCAUGGAUGCUGAAUAAAAAGUUUCAGAUGUGCACAUGUAAGAGAUCAGCCAGUCCCUCCAUUUCCUCUCAUUAACAAACCCUGCUGUUCACAGAUAAUUGUUGAAAAUGUGAAAUGAGAAAACAAAAAGAGACUAACGAUGUGUCAAGAUUAAGGAAUAAUAUUGUUGUAAGAAUAUUUCAGCCGCACAAGGCUUAAAUAUUAAAUUUUUGGCUUAUGCUACAUUCCAGUUAUACUCAGAAGUCGGGAUUUCCGAGCUCCGAGUCGGAAAUUGAUCUGGAAUGCCCCCUGAAGUCGUAAUCAAACAUCAGACAGACGUCAUAAUCCAACAUGGCAGCGCAGUGCAUCAACAGUACAGAUUAACAGUGAAAGCUCUCGUAAUGUAUUAUUUUUUAAUCCUUCUGUUUUGUUUUUGUGAAAUUAAAGAAGUGGUACAUGUUGUACUGCCCAACGUCUAACUGUGAACACGGGGCUAUGGUGUUUGUAAGAGUAAAAUACUGUGUUGUGCGUUGUUUACAACUGAUAUUGCUAACAACAACUAACAAUCGGUGGCAGCAGUUUACAACAGCUAACGACCGCUAACAACAACUAGCAACCGCUGACAACGGCUAACGAUAGCUGACAACCACUAACAACAACUGACAAAAUGUGACAACCGCUAACAACAGCUGACAACUGCUAAAAACAAUUAACAACAACUGACAAUGGCUAACAACAGCUAACAAUUGCUGAGAACUGCUAACAACAACUGACAACCGCUUAUGACAGCUGACAAUUGUAAACAACAGCUUACAACCGCUAACAACAACUAACAAACGGUGGCAACAGCUUACAACAGUUGACAACCGCUAACAAUAACUAGCAACUGCUGACAACAACCAACAACAGCUAACAACAACUGACAACCGCUAACAACAACUAACAACCGCUAACAACAACUGACAACAACUGACAACGGCUACCAACAGCUGACAGUUGUAAACAACAACUAACAACAACUGACAACAGCUUAUCUUAGCUGACAAAUGUAAACAAUAGCUAACAAUGAGUAACUGUAGGCGUCCAUCUUGGUUUUCCAACUCGUUAACUGAAACGCCGUUGACUCGGUGUAACGUCAUUCCCAGCUCUGACAUCCGACUUCCAGGGUAACUGGAAUGCAACAAUAGUUUAAACUUGUGACUUUCGAUCUGUUACCAUGACAACCACAUAAUUGUCAGCUGAGAGUUGCCAGUAAAUGGGAUCACUCCUUAAACCCUACCACUACUCUCAUCACAUAGGCCUCAAUCCAGAAAUCUCACCUGUGGAGCUUUUUGCCUUUAAACGAAUAAAUCGAGAAAUGUGCUACGAUGAGAGGUCAUUGGUACUGAUAGAAAAAAACCAUCACCCCCCAUACAGAUAUACGAUAAUGAUCACUUUGUAGCUCGGGUACAGCUUGUAGGAACUUUUUGGACUCACAUAAUGCCAGCGAGGAAUAAUCACAAAGUGCUUUAAGACGCAGUUUUGACAGCCUGCUGGAUUUUAUGCUCCUUAUUGGCAACAGCUCAAACAGAGAGCGUGGAGGUUCAAUGAGGCCAUCCUCAUCUGGAUUUGUGUCGAUGCAGUACAGGAGAUGCAGAUAGACGUAUUCAUGAGCACUCUAGGAACCAGGCGUUUAAAAGGUGGCUUUACAGACCUGCUUUUGCUCAUCUGUUUUCAUAAACAGCUCUUAGAUCCAUCAAAAGGACUGAAUGCGCUGUCGUGAAUGCAGAUUUUACAAAAGGAGGAUUCCUUUUUGAACUCUUUUCUCCUGUCUGUUGCAUUGCAGCAGAAGUUGAAUUCAGAAUUUCGGGAGGGGGGAAAAAAAAGCUCCUGCUUUAAAGCUGCCUCCGCUCGACAACAAUGCAGCAACUCACAGCCAACAAAGCUGCAGAAUGAGAGAUUAUACAGACUGUACUCCUCUUUGUUGCCUGUUUACAUAAUCCACACAGUCUCUCAUCAAGGAGCAUGGAUGAAAAGCUUUCAUCGACUCUUUGUGGAAAACCUGUUUUCUUCUUUGAAGCCCAACAAAGUGGCCCAACAUGUACACAGGUGUUCCACUUUCUCCGAGCACGCUUUGGACAACACUUGACUGUAAAACGUCGAGGCACGGCGUCUUUCUGUGGGGAGACAAAACACCGAACCAUGCUCUUUUGUAUGUGGCUGCUUUGGCUUUAGAGCACCAUCAUACUGUGCAUCAUUAAUCAUUAUGGCUGAAGCCAAGGACAAUAAAUGGACCAGAGCUUCACACAAUGGAAAGACUGUAGCUCCACAGGCUGAGAUAUUCCGGUGCGAGACAAAAGCAGCUGCCUGUUAACCAGCUCCAAGCUGUCUAACUUCCUCAUGCAAACCCCGUAUCUCCAAAUGUCAGCUUUCCAGGGACUUAGAAAAACAGCUUUGUUGACAUCUUGAGGACAAUCCAGUUUUGAAGCCACUCUGUGUUCUCGAAAAGGUUUUGUAAGCCCAAGAGGUGAGAGAAUUUCCCCGGCCUGUGGAGCAUAUAAUCCUCUAAUUCACUUUUAUUUGGGCUGCAAGGUUAGCACCCAGCAGAGAUGAUAUGCCGGAAAGUGGAAUCUGUUAGAAGCAGCCGGGGAUGGAAAGGUGUUAAAGUCAAAACAUGGGUAACUCUAUUGUUGUUUACUGGGUUAUACUUUUCCCUUUGUUGUCGUCCAAAUCUAUUCUCUGCUUUGUAGGAUCAUCACCUGACAAGAUAAAAUGAAGAAGAGAGAAUAAGUGUCAACAAGCUAACCACUAUAAUUAAAACGAUCAAGUUUGGCAGACUUGCUUUGGUAAACAACAAAAGAAUGAUUUUUUUCCCACUGGUUUAACGUUAUUUAUAGAUGUUUUGUUUUUUCAAACGGAUCAGAAAGUUCAAGGUUUUAGUGCUGUCAAUGUAUGUUAUGCAGAUUUUCAGUAACUUUGACCUCAAUAUCAACAAAGAGAAAACCUUUACAGCCCUACAGUGCAUUAUAAUGUUGUAACUUAAAUGAAACACCUACAGGCGCAUUGGGACUAAGUAUCAGGACCAUAUUUUCAAAUUGAAACUUAAGGCUUUCUCUGCAAAUUUGACCCACCAGGUCACUGUGUGUGACCCCAGUGUUGUUAUAUGACACCAGUGAGGGUGUUAUGAAUGGCAGCUCAUCGGCCAAAGAAGAAGAAAUUAAAAGUUUCAUGGCAGCAGACGAUGACGGGGAUGUCAGCAUGAGCGGCAACCUCCAGUCUGAAGAAAAGAAACCAGUGAUAACCUCAAAACACGAAAAUGGUCGGGAUUGCUAAUUGACCUAUCACAAAGCCACACACCCCCUUAGUUACUGUUGCUAGGUCUGUCAAACUUCUCGGAUCUGAUGGACUGUCGACACACUUUUUUAUUUUUUAUCAGCAUCAUCCUAAAACCCAUGAGAGUGCUGGCACAGCCAAUAUACCUACAGGGCUAACAAGCUAGCUAGCGUUAUCAUAAGGCUUAAGAAUCGUUUUGCAGCUCCACACAUUUUUUUGUCCUUCUUUUACGCCAAAAUGGCUCUUUUGAUUGUAAUGGUAGCAUGAAUGUAAGGCGUCAAGCUACUUACAGUCUUUGGUGUCAAGGCAUUAUUACAUUCAGGUUCGGCACUUUUACAGCAAGUACAGGGUUGGGAUAUUCAGGAGUAGACUUCCCGUUCACAAAAUGCUACGUAAGGGAUAAAAAUAAAAUACGUUUAAAUUGUCUGUUGGGACUCUAUGUUAAACUUUGAUGUUAGCUGACAAAGCCGAGGUUAGCCUUACCUUGGAGCAGAUGUCUUUAUGCUUGUUUAUUUCAGUGACAUUUAGCUGGGAAUGGGGCCUUAUCCACUGUAGGCAACACUCCUUCUGAGCACAUCGCUUUACCAAUUCGCUAGUGGUCUGUGGCUUGUCGGACCCUGCUUGCAUAGUAAUGGUUGCUAGGCUGUGUGAUUGGACAGUGAUCGCUUGGGGGCGUGGUUUUGCGAAAGGUCAAUUUUCCUGUCUGUAAACGCUUUUUAGGAGGGAUUUUUGCAGUAUCUCACAUGUAUGUGACAUUAUUCCUGAGUUUAAACUCGUAUCGUAUCGUCUCGUCUAUCACCCAUCAAAUCAAGCCAAGUCAUAAGUUACAAAGUUUGUUAUUUCUGUAUCAAAUUCAUUUCUUCACCACCUCUUGCACAGGGGCGGUAUCAGAUUACAUUUAAAAAAAACUUUUUGCGCCCUAAAUUAGUUUUUACAACCGAUGUACCAAUUUGUCCACAGGGGGUGCCAAAACCAACAUAAGCAGAAAGUUCCUCACAUGCAUAGUUACUCAUAAAGUUAUGGAGAGCGGCUGAAUGUGGCAGGUUCUCAAAAGUUGAAAAAGACCUGAAAAAAAGUGACUUUUUAGUUGUUGUUCAAAUUCACUGAAACUGUUUUGACGGUGCUCCUCCAAAGCCGCAGUAUUACAUUAAAACAUCAUCCGAGCCUCUUAGCUGCAGAGUGAGUAAUGAGAAUAAUCGACAAUGACAGAAAGUGUAGAUAAAAAACAACAUUGAGACUCGAAAAAGUAAAAAGAAGAAGAAAAAAAGUUUGCAAGUGAAGCGCUGAGCUGAAAAUUAAAUCAGCUGCAGGUGAUGUUUCAAUGACGGAGGAAGAUUGUGGGUAACCGUGCGUGCUAAGUCCAAUAGUGUCGUGAUUGGUAUUCCUUUGCUGGAGGACAAAGAGACUAAAAGCGGAUUCCUCCUAAAGUUUGUCUUAAUCCAGGCAAUUUCCAUAGGAAGAGAAUUAAAGGAGAAGAGACGGCAGCACAAAGUAAAAGUAGACAGUGUCACUUUGACCUCAGAGAUGGAGAUGCCCGCUUUAUGACAGUGCUGCAAAUGAAGAUAAAGAUGUGGUGAUGGUGAAACAGUGCAGCAGUUUCUGAAUGAAACGGCGCGUGGGCGAGGAAACAUUCCGAGUGGGAUUUGAUCAAACAAAAGUGGGCGUAGUUUGGUGACAAAUGGGCCUGGAAAGACUUGCAGCAUUGCAGAGGUGUAGAUGACUGAUUGUUUACACCCACACCUCCUUCAUUGGAUCGGGGGUGGUAAAAGGGUGAUGAAGAAAUGAACAAAUAAGACCUAAACCGCGGUCAUUCAGUAAACCAAAACAAACUGGUCAUUUUGAAACAAACCAGAGGGUGAUACGACAGUUUUGGGCGUACAUCCAAAUGGAUUUUGAAAACAGAGGGUCUGAAGUGGAGCUAAGGACAGUCAUUGUCACUAACUUCCUUUUUUGUAAUGAGGCUGUCCAUCAUUUCAUCAUCAGCAUUUUUUCAGACUGUCUUUUUUUUCCAGUCCUGACAAUGAUUAUCUAUUAUAAUUCAGAGCACACUCACUUUGUACCUGUUGUACCGUUAUUCUCUGUCUCUUUUCUUGAACUCAUCUUUGUCACGUCUGCCUCCUCUCCGUCUCUCGGCCUUUCUUUGUCUGCCCUCACCUGCUUUUUGCUCUGACUUUUUUUCAGUCCAGACGGUGAUUAUCUGUCCUUGAUUCUUAUAGACAUCCAAGUUUUCUACAAGUUGGAUCUUUUGUCUGUUGAAGGGGUGAGGUAGAAAUGAAUCUGGUUGAAGAAAUUGUAUUAAUAAUUCCGUCUUUUCAUGCCCCUUUAUUCUGUAUUGAUUUCUGCAUGGUUUCCAGACAUCAAUAUAAGUAAAAAAUCAUCCUGAUUAGGAUUUUUGCCAUCAAACAGCCCUAGUUUAUAUCUCUUAGACGGUACUCAGCGUUUUUUCUUUUUUUCAGACCAUUGGGUAAUAUCAGAAACAAAAGACGAAACAACAAAAUGCAGACUUGCUUGAAACAGCAUUUGCUCAUCAGGCUGAAAAAAGUCCGCUCCACCUGGGUGUUUUAUUGGCACUGAGCUGCAAAAUCGGCUUAUUAUGCAAACUUAUUAUCGCCGGGAGUUAAGGAAAUUUCACAGUGCUGGCAGACCUUUUUUUCUCUCCCUCUUGCUCACGCUCGCUCACUACCUGGCUCUGUCUCUCCUCUUGGCUUUGUCUCCUUUAUUUUUCUUCCCUCUUUUCUUCUUUGCUCGCUCUCUGUCUCUCUGCCUGUCACGCUCUUGUUUACUGUCUUUGUUUUUUCCCCUCUUACUUUUGUCUUUUAUUUCCUUUUACCCCACAUCUCGAUAUUUUGAUUAAUAUCUCCUUCGCGGUCUGUGUCAUUUCCUUUGUCUCUCUUUUUCAUAGCCCUGUCCUCUGUGUUUCUUUCUUCUUUGUUUGUCCUCCUUUUUGCAUUUCCUGUCCCUUUCUGUUUGCUUUCCUCUGUCGUCCUCCUUGUGACCCCUUUCUUCCAUAUUUUCCUGUCUUUCUCUUUGUGCCUCUGCUGCCUUCCUGUUGCUCUGCCUCUUUGCGGCUCAUUCUCUCUCUCUUUGUGUCACUCAAUCAUGCGCUGUUUGUUCCCUGAUUGGGGGAAUUUUCCCUUUUGUCGUUUUCCUCUGUCUCUCUGUCACGUCUGCUUUCUCUCUGUCCCUCAAUUCUCUUUGUUUCGUGCCCUCGCCUGCCUCGUGCUUCGGCUCCUUUCGUUUCUUCCCUCCGUCAGCAGAGAGCAGACCUCAACACGGCUGCUGCAGAGUUCAUCCGAGGACAGGACCGGGCUCUGCUGCUGUUUCUGUUGCGCGCACACACACACACAAAUGCGCACACACCGUUUGUCGGACGAUUCAGAGUGUUGGGUGUAACGGGGCCCGGGGACAGAUGGAGAACAGUGACGAUGAAACAAAGACAUUCUGAGAAUUUCACUGACGCAAAAGAGCAGAGUGUGCAAUAUUAAAAUGACAAGGCAGGCUUAGUCGAGGAUGCCACAUGAUAUCACAAAUGCAUGCAGUUCAGCCACGUUCACACAUGAACACACAAAUACUGGCACAGACUCGGGCCCCUCUCGGGUUCAAUUUUCAGAUCUCCUCGCCGUGUGCUUCUGCCAGUAUUCAAAUGAGUUUUGUCAGGAGUGCUUACCAGAUUUGACCCGGUUUGACUUUUGCAGCAGAUGUUUAUCAGCGCUCCCAAGACCUCGCUGGAUAUCAGUUUUCACAAUCUAUACAGCAAAACAAAGUCAGAGUUUGAGAUCUCAGAUAUUAUGCAGAAGCCGUGGGACAAAUAUAUCAGCUUUGUUUAUCUGUAAAGAUGCAAUAAGAUAAAAGGAAAUAACACAGUGGGGGAAAUCAGCGGCGCUGUUGCCAGAAAUACUGUUGUUCCUUGGCUCCUGAUGCUGAAUUGAGCUCAGCCAGUGAGAUUAGCCACGCUAGCUGUGUUUCCGUGGGGACGGUAACGCUGGCUUGGCCUUACAAAACAUCUCUGCGGCUCUUAAGUGUGAAAUAUCUCGACAGCUACUGGAUAUAGAUAUGUAAAAUCUAUAUAGGAUAAGACUUUGUGCUGAGGUUGUUUCCUAAAUUUCACUUUGUGUCUUUGAAAUGAGGAUUUUUUUUCCACCUCACAUGAUCAGCCAAUGCUCUAAUUAACAACUGCGUUUUGAGCCUUGCGGUACAGGCUCAAAGUCGUGUGCAGGAUGUUAGCAAAUUAAUUAUAUGCUAAAGAUACUCUAGUGGUAGUUAUAGCAUCACUUGGGAUUUAAGGUGCAGCAUGUAGGAAUAUUGUGGAUAUUUAGCUGUAUCUAGUGGUUUUAGAUGGAAGCAGUCUGUCUGUGAAGCAGCUGUGACCUUCGUGAACAAUAAACUUCUGUGGUGCAUGACAAGUCUGGUCCACCAUCCCUCUAGUUUCCAACCAUCCAUUAGCCGACCACCAAACUUCAAAAUCCAGCAGAAAGAUGUUCUUCAUGUAACUAAAUGUUUUUGUGUUUGCAUGAAAAAGUGAGUGUCAUCUGCAUAGAAAGAUAGCAGUGUAGUUCACAAUUUGUCUGCAUUUGGGUAGAUGCGUUUUUAUAGAUUUAAUAUUAUGAAUGCCCGUCCCAAAUCACACAUCAAAAACACUAAAACAUCUACAAUUUACAGCUCUGGUCCAAUCCACACAUAUAUUUUAACCUCGCUGUUCUAUAUCGCUUUUUAUAGUUACAUUAGAUUGUUGGUCAACAUGUAGACAUUCACAGUCAACUAUUGACUCACUUACCCGUCAGUUUUUCCAUGACAAAUUCAACUUUGAAGAAAUAUUGAAAAUGUUCUGUAAAUGUUCGGCUGUGUUCAACACAUGACGUUGCGCCGCCGUUUUUUAACAUGCGCGGCAAACCAUCAGGUGAGCCCGCAGAUUUGACAUCGUUAGCGAGUAAGACUUGCUCUGAACAAAGUCGACAUACGGCUCUAUCUUUGUUUUUUAUUUUUCAUCUAUGAUGUAAAGCCCAAAUACUUCCACACUGAGUCCACAGAUGUUUGGUGACAUCCGCUUUGCUUGAUGUGAGAGGACACCGGUCGAUCCACAGUGAAUGUCCGUCGAAUAUCCAACCUAAAACUAACUUCACUGCGGUAUUUACAUGAAAAAACAUUUGUUGCCUCGGCUAAUUUUCUUAAUGCACACGUGUGUCCCUAAAUACCGUUUACAAUUCGCACACAUCUAUUUUUGAUCACAAAUGUGAGUGAAAGGGUCGCACUGUCAAGUUUGCUUAGCCCAGUGCUGAUAAAUACUGCACACUGCGCCUUUAACUAUUCUAAUGUGGGAUUUUCCAACUAACUUGCCUCAUAGACAAUAAGUUUGGACAUUUCAAACCAAUGCCAAAUACCUCUGUAAACUGAAUCAAGUCAAAACAUUCCAGCAGAUAUGAACUCUCAGUCUCGGUAUCAAACCCAAAUCAGAUCAACCGUUCUAUCAGCCUGACCUUGAUUACACUAAAUCAACAGUCAAAGUUAAUGUAACACGACCUCCCUGAUGAGUCUCCUUUUAAGGAACAGUACCAGACUGCUGUUCAGUUCAGAGCCGUCCAGCCUUGAGCUCCUAUCAUGGUUUUAAUUCUCUUUAGAUCACAUGUGGUGGGCUCUUUUGUGUUUUUUUUUUUUACACGGUUUUAUUUUCUGUUGUGUAACGAGCAUUACAGCAUUGUUGGCUCGGCUGUACAUGUUUGGUCCUUUUGUUUACCUCGGAGACACAUUAACAUAGCGGACGGUCUAAGUUGCUACACAGUUGCUACAGUAUUAGAAGGCUAAUUGUGUCUGGCCGGAGUGUCUAUUCUCGCAGUAGACAUUUACUUCCCUCCAUUCAAAUCCGCGGCCAAGCUUUGGAGUGAGACACCAAACUCUGAGAGGAGCUGCUAUUCAGCACAACCAGUGCAUGACUUUUCAAACCCGGCCUCCCUGCCAUGUGAAUGCUGCCUGACCUGGCAACCCGGAGCUUCCCCUCACAUCUCUCUGUCACCCUCUCCUCAUUAGCACUAACCCUAUUCCAGGUCAAUACCUAUGGCACAGAGACGCCCCCAUACACAAGCACCACUACACACACUCAUGCGCUCACACACACAUUCUUUAUCCCCUGCUUUCUUUCCAUAAAGUCACAAACACACACACACACACACACACACACACACACACACAUGCUCUGUCUUUCUGUGAGUCUCUUUGUCCUGCUUUCUUUAUCCCUUUCACACAAACACAUAAUGACACACAUAUUGCUGAUCAGGGCAGCCGAGCAGGCAGGAGUCUGACCUCAUUAGGGACUGUGGCAGGCAGCCAGGGGAGGGCCUGUCCAUGAAUGACCAAGAGGAGGGAGAAGUGUUGAGGGAGCAGGAUGGACUGGGAGAACCGGGAGGAGAUCUGAGACUUCCUCUCAUGUUUGAUGCUUUCAUAUGUGGGUCGGAUUUAUAAAUAGAGCUGUUGUUAAUAUGAGGCAUGGAGCUAUGUGGAGUUAACAUUUGUCACAAGAUACUUUCAUCUCAAAAGAUUUGUGUUUCAUUUGUUUUCGGGCAUGUUAGCUCACAGGGGGAUUAAACUGGUGAUCCUCGCUCUGUUUUUUAUCCUCAUAUUCUCUCACACAUCUUAGUUGGUUUGUGAGUUUUUAACAUCGUCCCAACACUAUGCAGGGCUCGACAGUGCGACCGUUUCACUCGCAUUUACGACUAAAAAUAGAUGUGUGCGAAUUGUAAACUGUAUUUAGGGGCACAUGUGUGCAUAAAAAAGUUAGUUUUAGUUUGGAUAUUCGACGGACAUUCACCGCGGAUCUACCACUCUCUAUAAACGGGAAUAGCAGCAGCAGUGCUGAUAAAUCUACUCGGCACCCUCGCUGUCAAUGUCAGGUAUUUAAUGAGGGACCAUCAAUAAAUUAUUGAUGUUCCCUUUGAUAUUUCUGUGAUGUUUUAUAACCAUACAAUUUAAAUUUUUAUCUCUUUUAUGGACUUUUUCAGUUUUCAGCGACUUUCAUAUUUUCUUAACGUAUGUUCCUAAACGUCUUGUGUAUUUUAAGAUCUACAAAACCUGAAUCCCAGCACUUACUUGUAUUCUUUAUUUAUUUAUUUUUUAUUAUUUUUGUUAUAGCUCCAGAAAUUGUUAUUUAAGCACAGUAAUAGGAAUAUCCAGCAGUAGAUGAGGUUUUGAGGGACAGGGGGUGUUUGUGAUGUGUUAACUUUGAAUAAUCUUUGAUAUAAUCUGCAUAAAAAUAUUGUUGAAUAAAUUAUUGAUGUUUCCCAAAAAAGACUGUUUUCCUUCAAUAGUUUUCAGUCGUGUGACCAAUUGACCUAAAUUGAUUUCAAAUAAUAGUACUCAUGUUGAUGAAUAAGACAAACUUUAUUUGAUCGAUUUUUCGUUGUGCCCCUAAAGUUCUUUGUGUGCUCCUUACUUUGUUAACUUAGGAGCACAUGCAGCGGGUGGGUGUCAAGCCCUGCUAUGGGGUGACCUGUGGGGUACCACAAGGAUCAAUUUUAGGACCAUUACUUUUCAUGAGUUGUAUAAUCAAAAGACAUAGCAUCUCUCUUUUCACAGUUACGCUGAUGAUGCUCAGCUCUACAUAGCCAUGUCUCUUAGUUUAUGUAAUGUAAGUGCAUGAAGGCACAGCUAUCGGCUAAGCUCUUUGAAUUUCAGUAAUUUGAGCCCACUCUUUGUGCUUUUCAUCGGGUGUUUAAACUUUAAUAAAAAGAUAGAAUACCUGAAAGAUUAAACUUUUGAUCUUCCUUGCAGCGCUACAUAAAUAAAUGCAUCGAAAAUCCUGCUAAUAUAACUCUGAAAUGAAUCGUAGAAGUAAACAGACGAAACGCUACAUACAGUAGAUAUCAGAGAGUUAAACACUUGAGUACCAUACUGAUGGAUAGAAACAUGCCUCUGUACUUCUGAAGUCCUAAAUCCUUUAAAAUAUGCUUCAUUGUCAGACUGCAAACAGUGCAAUCGAAAGCCUUUUUCCUCCCCCUUGUUGGAGAAAAGCUUCCAUCCAUCAUCCCACUCUUUCCAAAGCUUUCAACUGGCAUGUGUUUGCAUUAGUGGCCUGUGAAAUCUCUCAUUUCCUCCUUUCUCCCCCACAAUUGCCAUUUACAGUUUGCCAGCAACUGCAUGGAAAGCGAGUAUAGUCAGUCGAGCACGGUUCGAAACUCUUAUUUUGUCUUGUGGAUUUAUGACAAAAGUUAACCUCAGCUGCAUGUCUACUCUAUAUUCAACAGAUAUUUUACAGGUAGUCUUCUAAAUAAAUGGAACAGUUAUGGAGUCUGGGGGGCCGACAUGCUGCCAAACCUCACAAAUGAUAGAUGGCCUCAGCACAACAAGGAUGCAUGGGCUUUCCAUUGCCGCCAGAACAUGUCCAGCUGAAUGCAUUACCAAACCUUCUGCUGGAAUCACUUGAAUCCCAACCAAGGUCCGCAGACAGAUUAACAUAUAAAUGAAAGUACAGGCAAGAUCCUGCCCUUCAUUUCCCAUCUGUUUACGCCAAUGAUGUGCAGUCUGAGAGGUUUGGAAGAGGCGACAGGAGGUAUUUCAUGAAUGGAUGUCAGGCCUCUCUGUCUUUGAUCGGGGGGAACAUUGACCUGAAAUUGAAGGAUGCUUCAUAUGAAAUACCUGGAAGUGUUUUUGCCUGCAAGACGGGCCACUUGUGAAUGUUUUAAACUUUAAUGUAGGGAUGGGAAGAUUAAGGAGUAUUUAUUGAUGCGAGGGCAUGCAUGACACGGGCGCAUGCCUAAAAAUCCAGUCAAUACAACAUUCGAUCUUCUUCACAUUUAUUUAGAAAUGUGGCUGACCUAAUAAUGUGAUACUCUCUUGUUCUAUUUUUAUUUCCUCCAGCCCAUGUUCUGUUAUUGUGCACUGCGGAUGUACACUAUUGUGUUGGAGAACGGUGUAGGAGUUGCACAAAAUAAGCACGGUCGAGGCUUUCAAAUCAAAGGGUUGGCCACUCUACAGCUUUUACAAGAGAAGUAGGCAGCCUGACAAGUUGGAUGCAAUUUUUGAAAAUGUGCCGGUAUACCUUAAAGCUCCUGUUUUAUUGUAAAUAUUCAAUGUGUAAAUAAAACAGGCCUGUUCUUUUAGCUGCUUGGCUGAUACCCACCCCCCUGACUCUAAUAUCUUGUUGGAGUGAGCUGUGUCAUAAUCAGGUUGAUAGUAUUGAAGCUCAGUGUGAUGAUUGGAGUGUUAGUUGCAUCAUUUCAUUGCAUUGUGCUGAAUCAGAUUAUGCUGAAUCGCGCCGCAUUAUGGAUGGGUAGAGCGUCCACUCCCACUGUGUUGAUUCAGUACUUGGCAAAGUUUAAUGCAUCAUGACUGGGAUGUGAAUUACAUCUCAUUAAAUUGCACUCUGGUGAAUUGGAUUAUGCUUAAUUGUGCUGCAUUAUGAUGAGGGUGUGAAUUUCAUUGCGUCAGAUUGCAUCAAGUCAGAUCAGGUUAUGUUGAGUUGCAGUGCAUCGUCAUGAGGGUGUAAAUCACAUCAUGCAACAUCAAACCCCAUUGUGCUGAAUCAGAUUAUUAAAUUGCACUGCAUCAUGAUUGUUGCAUUGCAUGGAUAGUAGCUGCAUGUGUUGUCUUAAAGGGAUAUUCCGGCGUAAAAUUAGUUCAGGGUCAAACACACCGUAACACCGAGUUAGACACCCCCUCGAGUUUCUUUAGCAAAGAGACCAAACACAACUCACCCACUCUCCUCCAGCAGCUGCUUGUUGAGUGCAGCGGAUCAUUUCCUUUAAGUAAAAAUCAUCAUGAUAAUCAUUUUGCACUGCAGACGCGGUAGUUCUUCUGCCUUAGCACCUCGGUUUGAUUGCAUAUCCAUGAAGUAAUGAUCAUAAAUGUUCUUCCUUGAGCUGCGAAACUCCGCUGCACUUGGUGAUCGACUUGUCAGGGCUCGGUGCACUUGUAUUUACUGUUAAUGUAGUUAGGUGCUGUUCUGAGCAUUAUUUGUGGCUAUAGAGUGGCGUUUUAGUUCAGGUUUGUUUAUGGCUCCUCAGACCGCGGUGUAUUGCUAUCGUGCGGUCGUUACCGAAGUUGGUAUAACUAGAGAAGCAAGCAGUCGGCAAUAUUAAUCUCUUGAGGGGGUGUAUAACUCGGUGUUACCGUGUGUUUGAUUUUAUACCAGAAUAUCCCUUUAAUGCACUGGAGUCUUGUCAUUGUAUCACGAUGCAUACUGAUCAGCCCCCCCACACCACAGAAGCUCAACUCUACUGCAGUGCAAGCCGACGACAGGGAAGACAACACUUCCCCUGUUUUUAUUUCUGAUUGUAAAAGUCAAUAAAAAGAAUAAGUGAGUUAAUUUUUUUAAAAGACCGUUGAGCUUUUGCUCAAGAGAGAAACAAGCCGUUAAUUAAUACGCUGCAAACUUUAUGAAAUAGCUUCAGGAUUAAUUCUCCAAUAAACUCUGCGAGCCGCAGAUGUUGGCGGUGUCCAAUUUAUUAAACUGAGUUUAGGCAUUCCAGUUAUUAUUCAACUCAGGGAGAUGAAUGAGCGUCUCUGAAAAAGCCCCUCAUGUAUAAGUAAUUUAAUCAGUUGUUGAAUACUAAAAUCUUUAUAUCUUCUUUGUGUGGGAAAAAAAAGUGACUUUUCUUCAAGCAAAGAGAAAAGAUUUCACCUCGGAGGUUCAUAAUAACUAUUUGGAGAAAAAAUGAAGGUAUGGCUUCACAAUCAGAGAAAUGAAAGGUUUCGAUGGAGACUCUUUGCAGAGCAAAUAAACUCUGAUUAGUUUCUCCAACACCCACACACUUUAAUUCCUCCACCAAAUAUCACUCUCUAGCUGCAGCUUUUCAAAGCCUCGCUAAAGCCUGUGUUUGUUGUAGCCUUCAAACACACAGUCCAGUAAACAACCAGCGUGUCCAACUAAAUCUCUGUAUAAUUGCAAGUUUCACUAAAAGAGCUGCUGCUAUUUUUAGCUGCACACUUGUGUAAGUAAACAUUGUUUACAAGCACAACAGUGUCAUGUUUGGUGUUUGGUAAAAUUGAGGGUGUUUGACUUUUUGUAAUGUAGCUCAGAAUGAGGAACACAGUAUUCACCCUAAGUGUUAAAAACAUACAUCUGUCUGUCUGGGCUGCCUUGCUGAGUGGUGCAGAAACGCUAUUUUAACUUUACAGGCUUAGAAACAGCAGGCAGAAAAAAGAGACAUUAUCUUUGUUUAGUUAAAGGCAGAGAAAACCGGUUAGAGAGUCUGAAAUUUGAAGUGUCUGGACAGGUUAUUUUUAGCGGUUAGAAAUGUCAGCUGAUAGUGAAGAUAAGAAAAAAAAUUGAAGUUUCUGUUGCUCUGUUUUUGUUUCUGCAAGAGCUGCAAUAAGUUGAAGUGCACUUAGAGCGGUUGGUUGUGCAUUGAUGUGAAGAGACUGAAAGGUUUAAGUGUCUCCUGAUGUGUAAAAGAGCAAGGCAGUAAAAAUCAGUUAAACUGUCAGUUCUUGUGUUGCUGUUAAGAGAAGCUGAACCAACAGUUUAACGUCAGCUGGAGUGUCAGUUAAUGUCCAAACCAUGAGAGCAGUUAAGAUGCCAGUUGAUAAGUGAGCCCUAAAGCAGCACUCUGUUUUCACCUGUGUAAUAACCUUUGGUUUUGUUUACUGCAGAAUAAUAGAGGCAACGACUGACAGUCAUACUUAACAAUUAUUUGCAAAAGUAUCAGGGAGUUUGUUGACGUGGAAUGACACUUGAUAGCUGAAAAAACACAUUUCACAAACUUUUCCUUUUACCAGCCGUCAGUUCAGACUUUUUGAAGUUUCCAAAGUAUCUCCACUGCCAAAAAGUUAAUCCAAUAUUCCCCUUUGUGCCUCCACAAAUUUUGACAAGACAGUAAUGAAAACCAUCCAUACAGCAGUAUAAACAUGUUUGUUGUUGCCUGAUUUAUGCCAAUCCAAGCAUUUUUGAUUAACAUCUGUCCACUCUUUGUCUUAUCGUGUUCAUCCAAAGUUGCAUUAGACUCUUUGGGCCCACCACAUCACUGUAUUGCACCAUUGUCUUUUACAAUCUUGUAUUUAAAAGUUAAAUCUUUAAAGUUUCAUGUAGCGUUGGUUCUCUUGAUGUAAUAUUCAUGUCUGACAUUUACCAAAGUAAAAUUCCUUGCAUGUGCUCAUGAACCCGAAGACUAAAGCUGAUUCUUGUUCUUUUCUGACAACCAACAACACUUUCUGAAGACACUCCUGUGUACCUUUCCUAGUGAUUCGUCUUUCCCUUCGGUUUUGCUGUGAAGCUGGUCCCAAAAGGGCCCGUUUCAGAUGGCAGAAAAAACAUCCAAAGUGGAUCUUGUGCUCUGGAUGUGAAAUUGAAAUGAUUGAGAGUAAUAUUAUGUUUUUAUCAUCCAUGAUAGUGAGAAAUCAAAUCUGAAAAAAAUCUGUAUGCACAAGUUUGGAAACUUCAAAUGACUGAAAAAAAUCAAGAGACAGGCUUGCUGUUUUUGCUCGGCAGACUCUCAUUUUAAAGACCCACUUCAUGAAAAUCAUGUUUUUCUUGUUUUUUACAUGUUCAUAUGGCUUUUUUUAUGCUACAGGACAUAUCUCGAGAAAAUUAAGUAUGAAAUUUCUGAGUAUUUCUGCAUUCAAAUCGUGGGGAAUCUCUGGCAGACCCAAACAGCAGGUUCAGAUAUAGUAAGAUUUCCUAUGUCACAAAUCCAAGCUCCGCCCCCGGAGCCCCGCUAUGCAGUGUGUGCGUUAGCAGACUGCAGUGCUCGUAAGCUCAUGCCACUCGAGACAUUAGUGUCCAAGAGCAGGAUAGCUCCAAUGUUACCUGCCACUUUUACUACACCGGCAAUGUUACGGCUAAAACCCACAGGAUCCGGAAUGGCUCUGCUGUGCUUGAAACACGCAAGAUCUCGUGAGAUCUCGUCCAGUCUCGCAAGAAAUAUCGGUAAUCUCGCAAGCACUUCUCCUCCGAUGGCGGAGGCGGAUCGGAGCUGGCGGGUACUGUAUGCUUGUGCAUUUGAUCAGCCUGCUCGUCCGGAGCAGAGCCGUUCCUGAUCCAGUGGGAUUCACGGGUUAUGCAGCCGCAAGCUAGCAUGAAGAGUCGUGUGCAGAGCAGCGCUGUCUCCACCCACAACUCAGAGGCAAAUCGCUAAUGAGCUACUGGAGCUCUGAGGAAGAAAAGUGCUUGAAAAUGACAUAGGUAACGUGAUUUUGGCCAAAAACUUAAUAAUCACAAUUUAUAGACCCCUGAUAACACUUUAAGUAGUAAAAAAAAAACGACUGGAGUGUGACUUGAAGCGUAGAAAACAAUCAUACUGAGUUGCCAUCAUGCGUGCAUAGUCUUGACUUGUGUAGUUUUGCAAAGUUCUUCAAACUUCCAUGGUUGCUUUGGCCUUGUAUCCGUCAUACUUAACAUUUGAGCGAACUAGACAGCAUCAGAACAGGACACUGUGAAAGUAGACAGGCUGAUGUUAGUAAAUUACUCAUAGAGGAAAUGAAUGGGUCCCCACGGUCUCAGACACUCAGUUCAAAGGCCAGUAACUGCAAAGGAAGGAAAGAGGAUAUCAGUAUUCUUCCAAAAUCUGGUGUAAUUUGCCAAAAAGCUCCAAUAACAUCUCCAGACAGUGGUAAUUACCGAUGAACGCCCGGCUCAUGAUAAAAAGGAUGAAAAGAAAACACUGUGACAAUUUCCCUUCUUGUUUCAGCAACUUAGGAGAAGUAGCACAGAGCAGGGUGACUAAGCUGAACCCAGUGAGUCAUCACAGGGAGGUAAGGGGCUGCAGAAGGCCCACAGCGAGCAGACCACCCACUCAUGUCCCCCAUUAAGACGGCUUGCUCUUCCUGCACAUCAACACCCCUGCAGCAAUUUACUGCCCAGCCUGAACCGAGGCUGAAUGAAUGGUGGACGACAGAGAACUCUUAAUGAGACAUGGGUCAAUGAAAUGUCAAAACUGGACGAUGAAUAGAGGAGAAAAAGCCUUAAAUUGAAAUUGUCACUCCAGUCUUCACACCUUUAGAGGGGCUGUGAGCUCAUUUUUGCCCUCGAGGAAUGUAUAUAAUUUAACUCUUUCACCCCACCAACAUAUCUUUUUGCACUAAUUGUUCAAACUUUGCCAGUAUCAUCUAUUUCUAAACGGACAUAUCCGUCCACAGUGUCAGUGUCAACAGUAAAGGACUCCAUUGGCUGAAAAUCCAUUUUGCAUACACUUUUACUUUUCAAUCUGGCACUCAUACACUUGCUAUCCCACCGCCUUGGUGCUUCCUUUGUCACUGCUUCAUGAGGGUGGUUAGCCAUCAGGUUAGCCUGCAAAUUUUCAGAUGUCUUUGUGUCGAUGAGAGCGACCUCUGUUGAAUCAUACAUAAAGCUAUACAGUAUUAUUGUAGGUUCUAACAGCUUUAAUAAUAAGUCAGAAUGAGUUCGAAUGAUGGUUCGAAUUUCAGAUAAAAAGUGACCGCUCUAACGUGUUGUGUUAGACAAUAGCAAAUAUAGAACAAGCUAUUGUGUGUGUUGAAAAUUACCUCCUCAUUGGCAAUAAUAUUUGCAGCUCAGUGGCCUAAAGGUCUGCCACAAGGCUCAGUCUUAGAACCUCUACUGUACAUCUCUAUGCAGACGACACCAUUAUUAAAACCAAGGCUAUGCUGUUUCUAUCUAGAAUGAGAAAGUGCAGAAUGUACUUGUACUGAGUUGGUGACUCAUGUCAGACAUAAAAACUGUUUCUCCUUCUGAGGCUAGAAAACAACCUGACAGCCACCUUCUUGACACACGUCAUUGCACUGUGUACCCCUAGGUCAGUUGGUCAUCACCGUCCACGCACAGACUUUUGCACUCAUGUACAAAUCUUUUCUUGGACGUCUGCCGAUGCAUUUAUCCUUGUGCAGGUCAAACAGCAGUGUAGCCAUAGCCUACGCUGCCAAGACUUCAUGACUUUCACUGUCCGUACAGAACUUGGCAAAGGGACAUUUUCUGUUUCUGUCCCAACAACCGGACUUUAUGUACCCUGUGUUCACAGCAAUCUUCAUUUUCAGAUUGCAGAGUCCUUUGAAUGGAUUCUAACCUCAUCCAUGCUCCAACAGACUCGAAGAAGCUGGUUUUUCUGAAGUGUAGUUUUAUUCAUCCCAAUUAGUGCUACCACAUUAUACCAGUAUUGACGAUAACUGUCUUUUCUCUGUUAAUGACAUCCCUAGUCGCAAUAUUAAGUUGCUUUAGUCAUCUGAUGAUUGAUUUCCUUUUUCCUUCCUUCAACUGAUAAGUUUCAGUUUCUUAAUUAUGUCACCUGGUAAAUACCUUCAUACAAUUUCUUAAGUCUCCUGGCCUCUCAAAGUAAAAGUACCUCCUACUUUCAACUGGGUCUCAUUUGUACAUAUUUGUACACUGUUGGUUCCAUCACUCGGGGGUUCAGUGUCUUAUCCAAGGACACUUUGAUAUGUGAGCUGCAUGAGCUAGGGUUGGGCCACCAACCUUCCAGCUUGGAUACAGAUGGUACAGUCGUAUGUUAACGUUAAAUCAAUAGCAUUCAAGUCUAAAAACCUUACUGGAAGGGCGUAAUUACUCACAUAGGAGUCGUGUUGAUCAUCAAUUUGCUCUCAUAGCUCUCAAAAAACAGUGCAACUUUUGAAAUGGCAUCAUGUUAAAAUAAAACCGCUUGAUCAUUGACCAAUCAGAAGUGAGAAUUCAGAAAACAUCUUAAUUAACAAUAUUGGCGAAAGUCCAUAUGGAAAAGAAGACAACCGCAGUUGUUUUUUCAUGGUGCAAUUUCCUGGUUUAUAGCUGCUGCUAAUUGUGUGACAAAAUUUCUAUCAACUUUUAAAUAAAGUUUUCUUUGUAAAAUUGAAGCAGAUGUUAAACUUUCAUCACUUUGCAGAAGUGAACUCCAGGGAAAUUGAAGGUAUGGGCGCAAAUAUCGCCCCAGUGGACACAGCCCCCAAAUGAGGAUAAAGGAGGCACCUUCGGUUGUGUACUUCUGUUGUUUCCAUAAGCCUGUAUGAAAAAGUUAACCAAUCUGCAAUAACUUCACAACAGUUUUCAUCAGUCACAAUUUGUAUGCAGGCACCAUACUUGUAAUAACUUUUAUUUCAUGGCUGGAGAAUUGAAAAUAGAGGAACAGAUGCACUCUGCGUUGGCCUUUAAUCUCCAGAAUACUAAUAAACAAGAAGAACUACCUGAAGCCUGUAAUCAGAUUGCAGAUUGCAGUCAGACAGGACUUUAAAUAGGCUUAUAUGCUGCACUGAGAAAAUCAGAGGGUUGUUAAAACAAGGACUUAAACUGUGAUCAAUAUGAAAUGUGUAAAAGUGUGCUUUAAGUGUUUUAAUGAAGGUUUGAUUGUAAUUUUACUCCCUGCAAUGGUUGUAGAGCCCUUUUAAUGAAUGGGUUGUUAAUGAAAAUGUUUUAUAUACAACUUUAACUUAACUCAGACUUGAUAUAGUGAUGGACUCUGGAGGUAGGAGAUUAUUUUGGUCAGGUGUAAACCUCUGCAAAGGACUUUCCAGCAGAGUAGGAAAUCCUCCAAUAACCACAGCAGGCGGGAUGGUUUCAGAGCAACAUGGAGCCCAGCAUGAGUCUGAGGUAACUACAAACAACAAAAGUAACACCAAACUCAACCGAAAAGCAGAAUUUGCUGGGGAAAGAACAGGGUGAGCUCUUUGUUUAGUCGUGAGCAUACAAGUGAAACAUUACUGAGCUGCUAGACCGCUAAGUCCAAAGGAUUGUGCACAGAAUUAAAGCACCGCUGAGAUAAGCAGACAGGUGCAAACAGUUGUACAUCUUACUGUCGUGUUUCAAGUGUACCGGGCCCAUGUGGAUCAAAAUGUGCACAUGCUAUUGCAUUACCUUGAAAUUACUGGACACUGGUGCACGAUCAAAAAAAAGGAAAUCAUUGACACCAAUCGGACAUUUUGUAAUUGCACUUCUGCCAAAGUCGUAGUGAGUAACUGUGUUACCUUUAUAUCAACAAAAGAAAACCAAAAAAUAAACAAAAAGCAGAAUAGUCAUAAUUUUACAGAAUAGUCACUUAGAAGCUGUCCUGCACCUCCAGGUUGUUGUUUCAGACUAGUCAGGUGUAAAAAUCCAGCAUUGAUUUAAAUAACAAAUCUCGAAAUGCUGAUCAUAAAAUACAUUUAAUUGCAAUUAUUUGAUCCCCAAAUUACGAAACUGGUAAGCUUUGUUUAAAGUUGUUAACAUGGACUUCAAAACUGUUUAAAAAUGGGGUUAAGAAUUAAAACAAGUUAUUAAAAGUGCAAUUAAUCGGGAUUGACGACUGCGAUUGAUCGCGAUUCUAAAAUUAAUCAUUUUACAGUCUUACUGAAAACAUCUCUUUAGUUGACAUGGAUAAACUUGAUUGUUAGCCGGCUAGUAGUCCAGAACUUAUCCCAAUAUGGCAGCUUAGUUAACGAUAACUUAAAGGGUUUGAAGUGGUUCGCUUGGCGGGUAAAUUAAAUAAACUCAUUAUGAAGGUGUAUUUUUUUGUGAACAUGAAAUGAGUUAUUCUGCUUCAUUAUUGUUCAAUAAUCACUUAGAUUGCGCCGUGUACCAAACCUUACAUACUCAUCAAAUGUUGCUGUUCUUGCACAUUUAUAUUCAUCUUCUUCACUGUGGUUAUUAAUGGACAGGGCUUUCGAAUUGAGUCCUGCAGCGCAACAACAUUCCCUCCUGACCCCCGGGAUUUAAUAAUCUCUAACUAAUCAAUAUCCUUUCAGCAACUGUCCAAAUGUGUUGCACAGGUCUCCUUUGGUACCAUCCCCCUCUGGUCCUACACAUACACAGAUUUGACAGGCUGUAGACAAACGACGAGCUCAGGGAAUCACUACUGGAUUGAAUGGAGAAUAAUUCACCCCUUGUGCCCGGUGUAAACCAUGAACCGGCCCUCAGGAAGGAAAGGUCUUGGAUUUAUUGAAAACUGACUUCGCUGAUGACCUCCCAAGCCUUUUCUCACUGAACGACUCGAACUGUUCAAUGCUGUGAUCGUAGAAUAAAAGGUCAGUACAGAGGACACCUGUACAUCCAGAUUCAUAUAGCAGUGUGACACCAAGUUCAGGAGGGAGAAAGAUGGAGUUUGUGUUACGGUAACAUCCUCUCAACUGCAAAGCAAUGGUAGCAUUAUAUAGUACGAAGCCUGCAUUACACCACAGUGGUCUCAUUUUUCUCAGAAUUCAAAAUUACCUCAAUUUGUGUCAUUAAAACCAAAAAUAUAAGGCAUCUGCACGAAUAAGAUGCAAUGAUAAGUAUAUAUGCUGUAUACAAUGUGAAUGUAAACACCAUAUCCCAUUACAAUUUGAACCACAAUGUUCAUUACAAGGAAAAAAAAGGUUUCCUUAAAAAGCUAUUUCAAGAGAAACAACCUACUUGUCUGAGUUUGAAAGAUUAAAUCUGAAUUGUGCUGUUUUUCCUCCAAGAAUAGAAACUUUUGAGGUUUAAGCCACUAACAGAUAUUUCCAGUAAAGACCAAAAAACCACCAACAAUCUACCGGCAAGCACCUCAUGAGCUCCACACUCCUGUAAAUAAAAAAAGCCCCAGUGUUGUACAAACACUAUUAAAAAUACAACAGUAUUGAGGUGUUGCACUAAGUUUAAUUUCCCUUAUAACCAAGAACACAACUUCAGUAGAUUAUCUCCAUCAAUCAGACCCACAUACACAGUCCUGCUGCAGCUGUACAUGUGUACCGAACCUCAGCUUUAGUCACUGUGAGCUACACAGACUCGGUGACGGAGUAAAAUUAUAUGUAGAUUUACAUCAUCAAAUAUCGCCAUCGGGGCCAGUAAGACAGAUUUGUGAAAGUCUUUGUUUUUCUAGCUCUCUUGAUCUCCUGGGUGUACGCCGAAUGUUUGAGAUCACCACCUGAGCUUUUUAAUUAAAGACCACUUACAUGUUGAUUUGAAGUGCAUUAAAUUGAUUUUGCAGAUUAGUGCAGCAUCAUUUGGGCUGAUGGAGAUACACUCCACUCUCCGCUACUACCAACGCAGCGGUGGCAGUCGUCCCUCAGCCUUGACCACUUUUAAUGGGAUGGCAGUGUGCUGUUUGUUGUCCAGCGUCACCGCUUGAUGGGACCUAUUUUCCCUCCUGGCCUUGCAAAUUGAAUUUCCCUGAGGACAAUAACAGAUAUUGCGUCUUGUAUCUGAUGAGCACGCAGGCUGAGUCUGAGAGGAGGAAGUGAUCUGUGCGCUCCACUGAUCAUUGAUUUCUCUUCUGCUGAGUCUUUCCCUGAGAGGAGCACUGCUUUUCUGUUUUUGUGCGGGGUGAUUGUCGCCAUCAUUUAGCCGACCACAGUGAAAUAAUCAAUGAUUGAGCGUUGCAAUGUCAAUACCUUGUGUCAAAACAUAUGGAUGAAGGAUUUCCAGAGCGGCGUUUAGCAUUUAGAGCUCUUUAUUGGUCUUUAAAGCUUUUAUUGCUUUAUCUUUAUUUUUAUGCUCCUGCAAACAUCCGCCUUGUUUUUAUGCUGUUAUCUCAGUUUAAUUCCCUGCAAAAUCAGGCUGCAACAGUCUGUGCAGACACGCAACGGCGAACACAUCUAUAAAUAUCAGCAUGGUCUGAUAGAGUGACCGUGUAUCAGUGUUUUUAUAUCGAGUCACUCUGAAAUGAAAAUGUCAGCUUAUCACUGAGAUGUAAAUGGGCUGAAAGUGUGUCAGUGUGACUCAGUUAACUGAUCCCAGGUUAGCUGAAAAAGUGUAAACAUGAUUCCAUUAAAAGGACAGGUAUGGCUGCAGAUGUAGACGUUUAUUUUUGCAGGAUCGAUCAGAAACAUGCCCUCAUAUUUACUUUAGCAAAAGUCAAACAUAACCGCAUCAGAGCAACCAAACAGUAUGCUAAUGGCAGCAUCCGAAUGAUGACUUUGGCUGUGACUGAGCGUCUGGGCGUGCCAUGUUCAUUAAUCUCUCCCCUCUCCUCCUGUCUGUCUGAUCAUCACCCCUCGUUAAAGUCAGGGAUGUGGAUGAGGGGGUUCAGGAUGGGGGUGGGGUCCACAGGUGCAGCCAAACAGAGGCCCUGCCAUGGUUAAUGGCGUCCUCUGAUCAAUUAUGGUCCGGCUGAGGCGCAGCGUCUAUACAUAUUUCAUGACUACCGGUGGAGGCCAGGCUGGCUGCCUAAACCUCUCAACCCUCAGCCGACACACACACACACACACACACACACACACACACACACACACACACACACACACACCCUCUCCUGAAUCCACCAGCACUCCCCUCCCCCUCCCUUUCUUCCUUCGCGUGCCCCAAGGCCCAGAUGAAAGGCAGGCUUGACUUGUUAGCACCCUGUGUCAGUGAGCUCCGGACAGGAAGAUGGGGUGCCACAGCGGGGGAGUCUGGUCAGCCUCACCUCAAGCUGUGUGAAGCUCCUGGUUCACAUUUGUCUUUGUCUGCCAGCACACACCCUGUCUGCUGUGGGUGUCUGCUGUGGGUGUGCAUAUUUAGAGGAAAUACAGGCACAUAGGAAGGCUCUGAUUGGUUGAAUCCUGACAUGGAGAGGCGAGGUUGUGAAGAUGAACAAGAACAGUCUGGGUCUUUUUCUUUCUCUGGAAUAUUCAGAAUAAAAUUCACGUUUAGAAAAAAAAACUGUCCAUCCAUCCAAGUCACAAAAUCUACCUACAUACCCAUCAACAUCUGUCAUAUUUUUUCAUCCACCUACUCAUCCAUCAGGCCCAUCAAUUUACUUACUCAUCCAUCCAUCAACCCUUCCUUUUUCAUCCAUUCAUUCAUCUAACUUUCUUUUGUUAUUAAUCUAACCACAAUCCAUCUUUUUAUCCAUCCAUCUAUCCAUCCAUCCAUCCAUCCAUUCAUUAAUCCUUCCUUUUUCACCCAUCCAUACAUUCAUUUAACUUUCUUUUGUCAUUAAUACAUCCACCCAUUCAUCUUUUUGUUUUAUCCAUCCAUCCUUCCACCCAUUCUUUUUCCUCCAUCCAUCCUUCCAUCCAUCCAUCUCUCCUUCUACCAUCCAUCCAUCAUCCAUCCAUCCAUCCAUCCAUCCAUCCAUCCAUCCACCCAUCCAUCCAUCAUUUAUCCUUUUUCAUCCAUCCACCCCUCUUUUUUAAUCCUUCCUUUUCAAUCCAUCCAUCCAUCCAUCACUUCUUUUUUAUUCUUCCUUUUUUAUUCACCCAUCUGCCUAUCCAUCCAUCCAUCCAUCCAUCCAUCCACCCAUCCAUCCAUCAUUUAUCCUUUUUCAUCCAUCCACCCCUCUUUUUUAAUCCUUCCUUUUCAAUCCAUCCAUCCAUCCAUCACUUCUUUUUUAUUCUUCCUUUUUUAUUCACCCAUCUGCCUAUCCAUCCUUCCUUAUUUUUCCAUCCAUCCAUCCAUCUAUGAAUCCUCCCUUCUUCAUUCAUUCUUCCAUCUUUCAGUCAGUCUACUUCUGUAUCACACGUUUGUUUUCACUCGUUCGUGCAUUUGUUCAGUUCUUCCUUCAUCUUCAUCUUCGUCUUUUUGACCAUCUAUAACCUGAUCAUUUACAGUCUUGUAUCAGCGCCUUUAUUUCUAGUUAUCCAUUAACUAAACUGCUGUAUCAUCUACAUCUUCAGGAUCUUUAUUUCCAUUUUCAUCGAUGCAGUUUUCUGUCUCUUCACUUAUCCAUGACUCCGUUUAUCCGUCCAUACGGCCUUUUGAAAAUCCAUCCUGUCACGUCAAUCCAUCUGUUCUCUUACUUUUUCAAUCAGCCUAUCCGUUCCCGUACCCCUUGAUCCAUACGAUUUGUUAUCUGCUUUUCCAUCUCUGUAUCAUUUUGUCACUUAAUCUCCAUCUCAGUUAAUUCAUUAAUUCAAACACCCGACCUUUUAGCCUUUCCUUUCCUAAAAUUCAUCCUUUUGUUAAUCCUUCUGUCGAUCCAUUUUUAAUCCAUCAAUUGUUCAUCAAUCAACAUUUGUAUCCGCCUUACCAUAUUUCUGCUGGAAACUACCACCAUCAUUUUCAGGCAUUUUUUACGUCUUUUUAUUCCGUCUUUUUCUACACAAUAGAGUAUUUUUGCGUCUUCUCCUUUGACAUUAUGAUACGGUGAACUGCUGCCCAGCAUCCUCUUUCUAUCUCUUCAUCAUCCUUCUGAUUAUGUCCACGUUUAUCCAGCUGAACCCUCUCGUGUAAUCAAACAGCAUCACUGUGGUUUGAAGCCAUUUUGGUUGAAGGGUGCAAGGGCCCUGCAAUUAUGGUGGCGCAUGGGGGGUGGGGAGAGAGGAGUGGGUGCUGGAGGCAGUUGGCUGGGAGCCGGCUGGUACUGCUUUGUAGUCUGCUUCCAACCGGCCGCUCAGUACUCCAAAGACAGCAGAAAAUAUACUCUGUAAACUGAACCUGUUUUCUCGGUGGGUCUUAAAAAUGUGCAUUUAUACAGUAUUGUCUACAGUUUCUCUCAUAGGUAAGAAACUCUUGGGUUUACAGCUAUAACGUCUGCAUUUAUGAAUAUAUUAGAUUUAUAGUCUGGUGGUAGUAAAUCAAACUGCAGUUUAAAAACCUUCCUGCCAAAUGUUUAGUACUCUGCACAGACGACUAAAUAAAAUCACACAUGGCAGCAGGAAUAAAGACACACUGGAUAUGUCAUUACCAGAGAAAGGCCUGCUGCUGAUGUUAUUUGAAGUGCCUUGAAGCAUGCACUUGCAGCACGGCUCUUUAUCUUGCCGGAGAUUUUCGGCUGGUUCCCUCACAAAAGGAUCUCUUACUUUAAGACGCUUAACUGAGAGUGUGUCCUGAUCAAACAGAUCAAAGUUUUCUCUCUACCUGCAAAGAGGCGGCUGAAAGCUUCCCCGAGUCUUCCUCCUGGUUUUGAUAAAAAAGUUAAAAAGAAGAGUUCAAUGAUAUUUGGGUUUAAAUUUGAGCAUUUAGGGAUGGAGAGAGGACGGAGGGAUGAUUGGACUUCUGUUUCAUGGUAUUACUUUUCCAAACCGCUCAAAAGAAUCAGAGAAAGUGAGUCAGAGAAACCUUGAUUGUUCAGAAGUAAGUUUUGGACAGUGAUUGGUCUUGACCAGCAGGGAUUAGUGGAACAAGCUGGGACGAAUGUAUUAAGUUGCCUCCUCCACAUCGUCAGCAGGGAGGGAGCAACUUAACUCAUGCAGCGCCACUGACGGAUUUGGACGGAUUUUUCGGUUGUUCUUGUCUUCCGCCAGGGGGCGCUCCUCCCCAACAUGCGACUAAGUUUGGGGCCAUUCUGAACGCAGAAAAGCCGACAAAUAAGACAUGACCAUGUUACAAAAACAAGUACUCGCCAGUGGAGUGUUUUUUCUCUGUGAGGAGAGUAGGAAAAGGCCGAAGUCAUUAGCCAAGAGCAAACGGUCUCGGCGCACUGGCUCCCAUAGGCGCGGUGCUACCGUCUCUGGGUCCAGUGGCGAUCCCUGUACCAGACUUUCGUCAUCGCCAGCAGACAAUCAAAGAAACAUAUUUUUGGUGUGUCGUGCCGCCGAUGCUGGUACUGGUGAGCGAGACUAAGCCAGAAUUCAGCGAGGAGGACGCAAGCAGUCCGUGUGGUUUACGUCGUGUGUCAGGUUCCCAAGAGCCAAUACCACUCCCAGCCGUCAAAAAGUGACCUAUCACAACCGGAUCUCGAGAGUGAUGAGGAGUGGUGUCUGAGGAGGGAGGACCUUAAUGCCACCGGUAAAUUAGUUUGAAGUGAAAUGAAAUAAAUGAUCAGAGUUUUUUAAAAACACAUUUUGAACUUGAAAAUUGAACGUGUAUGUUGCUGCUGUGUUUUAUUACUUUUAAACAAACUAAUAUCAAUAGAAAAUAUUGUUUAAUUUAAACUUACUUAAUACUAAUGUAUAUCAUAUUGUUCAAUAAAGAUUUUUCAAUUGAUUCAGCCGCCAAUUUUAUGACUGUAGAAUUUUUAAUUUGCUGUUGUUGACUCACCUGGAACUUGUGAAAACUGGUUUGUGCCCAUCCCUGCAAGAACCUUCAUCAUCUAGAAACCUGUCCCUUUAAGACUUUAAGCUUUAUAAAUGGCUGCUAAAUAUUGUCUACAUGAAACAGUUUGUGAGAAUGAGAGAGUCAUUACAGUCGUACCAUCAGCCGUGAAACUGAAACACUGAGUUGAGAAGUCAGAAAAACGCUGAAUAGAGCAGGAGAGGGUCGAUUGAGUCAUUUCCUCCAUUUUUAUUCUAAAAAUAUCGCUGAGUGUAGCUUUAACUGCUCUCAUACAGUGAAAAAAAAAACACCCUCGGAGAGAUUUUCAGUUUUGCCUGUUAGGUCUGAGGUUAUUUUUUGGCAGCUGAUCAAGAGUUAAUCAGCAUUAUAGUGUUGAAUAAUAGAUAGGUGUUAAUGUCCUUUCCCAUGAUGCAGUUAUGAGAGUGAAUACAGCGAGCCUCUUUGUUUUCACAGCUGGAGCUCUUAUGGUGUGUUUACAGGGUGUUAACUGGUGGUUACAAAGCGAAUGCCAUCAUGUUGGAGGAAGGAUAAUGGAGAAUAAAACAUUAUCAGCUCCUCCCUGAAGCUCUCUUUUGUUUUGAGACUCCUGCAUCCUGGUGUUAUGUCCCCCGAUAAACCUUGAUACUCUCUAAAGUGAGUGCAUAUUGCUCAGGGAUUGACUCACCCCCCUGUUACAAAGUCUGAGACUUUGGUGCCAAUAUUUCGCUUCAAAACAAGCGAUCGCUGCGGCAUUAGUCACUAAAAACACAGACCACAACAUUCCGCUCUGGAAAUGUCAAAGAUUCUUCUCCACCGAGUCGUUCAUAUGAAAUUGAACAGCAGCCUGUAUUACACAAUACUCCAUUCACUGUCUGCACCAAGGCUAAUAAAUGAUCAGUGUGUGGAGACAUGUCGCUACAUAACUCACUAGCAACAAACACAAAGAGAAGGAAUGCUAAUCCUGAAUUUGCUGACAGGAACACUUCAGAUUUUGAUCAGCGGAGGAUUUACAGGAUGAAUCAUAAUUUUAAUAACAGGGUCUUUUAUUCUAUUAGUAACAACUGGUGCUAUUGAGAUUCCUUCCACAACUCAUGGCUCAUACUCAGCAGUGUCAGCUAUCAGUCAAAACUACCUCCUCCUGCUAGGAACCGAUCACUGGCUCGGUAUAUUCUUUUAAGGGGCGGUUAUCAAAAGUGUAAAUACAGCAAAUAUGUAGAUGAUACGCGAUCAAAGGGUACAAAAGCGGAUGUGUUAUAUGUGAACUGCAUCUGCUCAACAUACAUAUAUAUAUAUCUACAUAUGUAUGUCCGUAGGAACCUGUGCCAAAACUUUGAUCUGAACACCUUAUAAAAAUGCAGGACAGCUGCAGAGACUGAGCGCCGAGCUUUUCCUCCACACUCCCUACUGUGAUGUUUCUGUAAAACAUGCAAGGAUCAGCGGCGGAUUGAAACAGCUGUUAUCUCGUGUUUUCUCACCUUUUACCUUCGAGUUUACGGGCCUGUUGCUCGCUUUCGCCUCUCCUUUGAGUGUAUUUAUCCAAAACAUUUCAAAAGUGAGUUUCAAGAAAGAGUUUUAACAAUAAAACAGUUGAUGAAUUUGAAGUUUAAGUGGAUUAAAGAUAGGGUAGGCAGGAAUCCGUUAAAGAAGCAUCUUUUUUUGUGGUGUAUAUACAAAAAAGCUUUUAAUAUCAGUAAAUAGCUAUAAGUCAUUAAUGACAUUUGGAAAUAUAAUGAUAUCGCUGUGUUUUGUUAUGUCUGUGUAGUCAACAUCUUAAAUUUUUCGCGCACUUCGCUCUUUCUGACUGUAAACAAAGCCGUUCUCCGCCUCCUCCAUCCUGAUUGGUUGUAAGGCAAACGCUGUUCCUUAGUGCUGAUUGGUUGUAAGGCAGACGCUGCUCCCCUGUGUCGUUUAUGAGCCCAAACAGAGUUAGCGUGCUACAAUAUCAGACAGUAGAAACCAACCAGAAAGUACAGAAAAUUGUAUGAAUCCUCCUUUAGCCACGACUGCCGACACAAGCAAGAAAACAAAGUAAAUACCGGAGACUCUGGAGGAAUAACAAGCGCUUAAAAAGGAGGUAGACCGGACAAGAACUAAAAAGUAUUUAUCUGCAUUAUAUCUGAAUUUAAUUGAAAUGAUACAAGCGAGUGGAAGCGUCUGUUUGUGGGCGGGGCUUGCUGGAGUAGAGAGGGAGAGGAGGAGCUGAGGGGAAAGCUGGUUGGGAGGGGUAGAGUUUACAUUCAAGACUUCUCCCCAAAAACUUGCACUUCCUCAGAUCCUGCCGACUCCACCUUUUAGUUCAUUUAGCCAGAGGGUGUACAUUUGGAGCUUUUGCAAUGCGAUUAAAUCAUGAGGUUUUCUUUUUGCCUUUUUACAAACUGGACGCCCAUCCACACCCCACAGUCAGGGAAUCAUUCGAUAGCUCAGUGCAGAUUCCACACCCACCUGUCAGAUGUUGCGCCUGCGUCAUAUUUUGCAUGGUGGGACUAACAAAGUGCAGUACUUUAACCGGGACAGGGUCUGUGAAGUUUGGAUCUGAUGUGCAGCUCUUGGCUCACCGAGGUCAGAAGUUCAUCCAUCAGUAAUAAAGAGUUUCUACGGAGACAAUUGAGUCUCUUCUCGUUUGAUCUGCGGCUUUGUUUACGCCACCAGAGGAAGGCUUAAUGCAGAGAUUUUUCUCCCAUUGAGGUUGAGGAUUGUUGUUUCUUAUCUGGCAUCACAGAGUUAGAUGGAGAUAAACUAAAAAGGAACCUUGAAGUUAAGGGUUCAAAUCAAUUCCUUUGUUUAUUGUGUCUUGCUUAAUAAGUGUUUUUUCCUUUUUAUACGGGUGAGACUGACGGAUAUGAUUUCUUUGAAGAAGGAGAAACAGUGUGAAUAGGUUAAACAAAUCAAAACAACAGUCUAAUUUGGUACAGUAGUCAGAUGAAAGGCGACACAGUGUGGCAUGUGAUGUCAAAUACUCAAACCUCUUUAGCGUCACACGCUCUGCUCGCCUCAUGGCAUUUCUUUCCACCGGGGAAUUUAAUCCAACGACAUAUGCAAUGUAAAGAUAACUGCAAAGCGAGAACGCAUGUGGACACAUGUACAGCUGCUCACAUUCCAUUUCGCACAUGUGUGUGUUUGGGUGUGUGUGCGAGCUGGGGUUAUUUGUUUGUUGGCAAGGAUUCGAAAGUGUUUCAUGGGAAAAGAUCCUGAUUCAGACGAAAAAUAAACGUGCCAGCAGCUGUCGCGCAUUUGGCGUUCUCCACGGACCAGCCGGCGCAGAUGUAGAGUACACACUGUACAGCAGUUUGUGUGCGUCUUUGUGUGUUUUUCAUCAUUGUCAGUCGAGUAGAGAGCUGAAUAGAAGUUUCAUGUCCGUGUGGGGCAAUUUGCUUUGUCGACAGUGGCCUCCGCAGAGAGAAACAAGAUUCAUACAGUGUUACUCUUAAAGUCCCAGAUCACAGUGGUUGGUUUUUCUUUAAAAGGCCGUCAGCUUACAGAGUAAAAACACUUAGAUCCUGUUUUUACAAUCAUCUAUCUGACAGAAUCCAAAGUGUUCAGAUGGCUGGAUCCACCCCCUCUUUUCUGAAGGGUCUCUAAGGGUGUACCCCAAGGUUCGGUACUGGGACCUUUUAGUUUUUCAUUAACAUCAGUAACCUGUGUUAUAAUUCGUCAAAUGCUUUGUAUAAUUUUGAUGCUGAUGACACAUUAUUGAUUUUUCACAGUCGGCUGUUAAUGUUGUUCACUGUCGUCUGCAGAAACUAAAACAGGUUAAAAUGCAGAAAAAGCAAAGAUCAUGAUGAAGGACUGAAAGAUUCAACAGAUCUUCUGUAUGUGCAGCGAUCUGACUGAACGACUUCACUGUGAAUAAUAGAUGGAAUAAAACUGGAGACAUGAGAAUCAUACUGCCCCUCAGGGAUAACUCUUCUUCUUCUUCUUCUCCUUCUCCUCCUUCUCCUCCUUCCUCCUCUUCUUUUUCUUCUUCCUCUUCUUCUACUAUGGUUCCAGUUCUUCUCCUUCUUCUUAAUUCUUUUUUUUUCUUUUUCUCCUUUUCUUCUUCUUCUUCUUCUUCUUCUUCUUCUUCUUCUUCAGUUUCAGUGAGUUACCAGUUAAUCUUGUGAACUUUAUACAAACUUAAUUACCUUUCCGUGUUGAUCCACAGCUAAUGUGGCUUUCAUUCGACAUAGACAUCCUUCUUCUCCCUCUGACUGAGGAAACUUGAUGACCUGGAUGAUGCUGAAGUGCUGUACACGGGGGCUUCACUUUAAUGUCUCUGAAUACUGUUUGUUACUGGGCCUUGAGGUUUGGUUAUCACUCACUCAUCACUCUGACCUCUAUGUUAAGUCUUUCUGGCCAUUCCUCCACUGUGAAAAUCAUCGACAUUGAAGCUGUUGGCCUCGUUUGCUUUUGGAUAUCAUGAAAAAAGGAUUCAAUAUUGAUUUUUGUCUAUUUCAUAAAUGUCAAAAAUUCUCUUUUCUUUAUUCCUGACUGUAUUAUUUCUUCAUAAAGACGUGAAAAAUCCUCAAAGUUAUAAGUAAAACAAAGGAUUUCUCACAGAGACAGUUAAUAAUCAGAGAAAAAGUCUGUGAGACUAAAAUUACCAUGUAUUGUUUAUUUAUAAUCCAUUAAAAAAUGAACCUCUGUGGCCUCUGCCAUUUUUCUAAAUGUCAUUCAAGAGGUCACGAUUUUUAAACUCUGAGCUUUCAUGAAAAUCUCACUUUUAAAGUCAUGAAUACCCUGAAAGGAAGAAAAAAAAAAGCUGUGGACACUCUCAUGAAUACGAUAAGCACGACCCCAUUUAAAGGCACUGUGUGUUCUGGGCACACUCCUCGGAGAGCUCGGAGGACUCAAUAAAAGCUAAAUAAUCUACAAUUAAACAGAAGUACAGAGUCAAGUUUUCCACAGUAAGUCUCAAUAAUUACAUUCGCUUAAUCUAAUCUGUGUGGGCCACAGCAGUCAGUAAACCCAGAAACCCCAUUUAGCCUCAGCAACAUGCAGUGGAACGAGGCGACCGGAGCUUCUUUCUGUAAAUGUUCGAAGAAUCGACGGUUUAAGCGGCAGAUGGUGGACCGGGAUUUUAUCCUAAAUUUACAAACACUUGAAACAAUCAGGCUACAUCUGAGAAGGAGAAUAAUCCCCAAUUUAUUCAGUGAAAGAAAUUCUUCUUUGUAGGAGAUGUCGUCUGAUAAUUAAACCCCUCUAUUUUAUGGCUAAUGAGUUCGCAGUGGUGCUCUUUUUUCUGGGAGGUUAGGUGGUCUCCUGGGUGGCAGAUUAUAGUGUUUCCAUUAAGCCUGCUCUCUUGGCCUCUCCUCUUUGUCUCCUCACCCUCGGACUCUCCAGGGAAGCACUCCCGAAGUUCCCGAGUGGCCUAUUUGCUUGUGAGGCAGUGCGGUGUCCCCUCAGCGGCCCUUCAGCCGAAACCUGACAGCCGAUUGGCUCGUGGCGUUGCAUUCGAGUCCUCUUAACGUGCUUAAGUGGAGCAGCUCGGUAAAACCUCAGAUACACUCCGCCUGAGCUGGAGAAGUAGACGGGGGGUGAGAGGAGGGGCGAAAUGGAGAAAUUAAAUUCUUUGAAGUGAGAUGAAGACAGAUGGGGAUAAAAUCGAAGAGGGAAAAACAAGGAAACGGAUGGAGGGAGACAAAAGAGAAGAGACACCUUUGUAAUGGAGGUGCAAGCUGUGUGUUUGUGCAUGCGGUGAUGGAUUAGAGAAAAGGGGACCUGUGCUUUUUACAGACUCCUUUUACAGACUGAGCUAAGUAGUUCAGUCAUUUUAUAACUCUUUUAGUAUCUGAGCGAAAAAUCUGAUAAAGAGUCUGUGCUGAUCAAGAGGGAGAUCCAAAAGAGACUCAGAUAUUCAGAUCCUAAUGUUUAAAAUCCUUGUGGCUUUGAUUUGCUAAAUUUAUAUCCAUUUGUACUUUAAGCUCAUUAACUUUUUUGUCCUUUCAGCACACUGUAGUAAAGCUCUUCCUGCCAGGGUGUUCUUUGGGUCAAAUGUACUAAGAAUAUCAGUGAAGUAUUUGACGUUUCAAGUCUACAUGUGUAGUUAGUAACACAGAAAACUGCAGAUCUUGGAUUGUGUGCAAACAGCCGCAGACCUGUGGCUCAGAGCUAAAGGACUUCCUCAGGUUAGCGGGCUAUAACUUAAGGAUUUGCCGUACUGCUGCAGACUACAAUAGUGUGAGGCAUACAGGAUGAGUGUGAAACAGAGAAGUCCUGAAGAAUGCAGUUGCUGGUUCAUUACCAAGGAUCACUGGACCUUGUCUGUGAAUAAAUGUGCACCAUAUUUACUCUGUUUAGAUAUUCUGUACGUGCACUCCUGCAUAUAUCCUAUCAGUGCAAUAUUUUUAUCCUUCAAACAAUAUAAACAAAACAAAAAAAUUAACUUUAUUUCUGAGUGAGCAAGCCGUCCCUUACCUUUAAGUCAGAGUUUCAGACCACACGAUGGUAUAAAAGUGUCUACCGGUAAAAAUUUUACUAUACCGUUUAUAUCCGAGAUAGAAAAAGAGAGCAGGUGUCUGCUGCGUCUCUCUCAGUCAGUGUGUAGUCGUCUGCGCUCGCUAACAGGAAAGCCAGAGCGCAUCCAUUUGGGUGCAUUUCCGUUUAUUCACCAGCGUGUCAUGCGGAGUUUGUUCACUCCGUUUAAUUGGUCAGGUUUGGGUGCGCUCCCUAUAACCACCAGUGUGUCCAGCAGACUGCUUAGCAUAGUUUCGACGAAGAAGAAACAGCUUCACUGGUGGUGUGGUGGCCAUGGCAGAUGUGGAGAUGCUUCCCUCACUCGUGAACAAGACCCUGAGAUACUUGACCUCUUCCACUUGGGGCAGGAUCUCAUCUCCCACCAGGAGAGGGCACUCCACCUUUUCUGGCUGAGAUCCAUGGACUCAGAUUUGGAGGUGCUGAUUCUCAUCCCAGCCGCUUCACACUCGGUUGCGAACCGAUCCAAUGAGAGCUGAAGUUCACAGCCCGAUGACGCCAACAGGACCACAUCAUGUGCAAAAUGCAGUGAGCCAAUCCUGAGGUCAACGAACCCGACCUUCUCAACGACCUGGCUGCGCCUAGAAAUUCUGUCCAUAAAAGUUAUGAACAGAAUCGGUGACAAAGGGCAGCCCUGGCGGAGUCCAACCCUCACUGGAAAGUAAUCCGACUUAGUACCGGCAAUGCGGACCAAGCAUCUUUUUUAUAAAUAUAAAAAAAACUACUUACAGGAGCUUUAAAUAUCAUGAUUAAAUUCUGAAACUCUUUGAUUGAUUAAGAUUUGAUAGCUCUGGUCAAAACUGAAAACAGUGGCUCAUAUGAAUAUGUAUUGUGUAUCUGUGUGAGCACACGCUUUAUAAAUGUGGCCACACUGUGAAAUCAGCAGCCUCCCCACAGACGAUGAUUUAUAUGCUGCCAUCUCAGGCAUGUCAUAGAGGGAGAUUAGAGUCCUCCCAGGUCCGGCCAUCAAUACUGUGAAUGGAGACUGGAGUGCCCUGCCUCCAGAUAAACAGGAGGACGCCAGCCUGGAAUUGAUUGCCUGAGUGCCACAUCUGUCAUAAAGCUAACCAGAAGGUGAUCGUGCAGGACAACAGGAGGGAGAGAAUGAGAUUUUGUUUUGCUUUGGCUUUGAGUGAAAAGAUCCAUACAGAUCCGUAUCCAUCAGUCUAUUCAUGCAUCUUCUCGGUUAUUCUUCUAGUAAAGUUUCUGCCUCACCCACAUGCUGCUCUAAUCAGCUCCCUGCUUUUCAUUCAGUGAGUUGCAUAUAUUCACACCCAGGAGCUUUGCAGUACAAUUAGUUUGUGUUCUAUUGGCGAGUGAGCAGCUGCACUCGAGCAGGUGGUGGGUAAGUGCUUUUCCUCCGCGCACUCCAAGAGUGUUUUUUUUUUUUUUUUUUUUCCUCAGGACAGGAAUAAAUAUUGACUCUCUCCAUCAAGAUUAUUCAACUGAUUCGUAGAUUGAAAAACUUCAACUUCAUUUAACAACAAAUUUAACACAUUUAUAAGUAGAAAUGAACUGAAAAUGUGAAAACGUGUCGAUCCAUGUUGAUGAGACAUCUGCAGUAAGAUUAUAAAAAGGCACAACGAGUUUAAAAGUUGUUGUUUGUUUGUCAUGAGAGCAUUAUAAAUUCAUUUUAAACCGUGACUUGGAACAAUGGGUCGGUUGCUAGGCUGUGGACAAUAUUUGGCUGUUGUUUAUCCGCCUCCAGCAUCACACUCCUUUUGUUGUUUGAGCUCUUCAAAGACACCCGUUUUGCUCAUGUCAAGACUCCACAUGAGCAGCUUGAAUGGUAACCAGCUCAAAAAAAACCCAUCAAUUCAUCUUUGAUUUGUCUUUUAUGCAGCUCCUCAUUUCGACUUCUGUGUGAAACAGGCCAUUUGAGCUCUCGUCUCUCUCAGUCCGCUCUGCCAACGGUCCACUUUCCUCUGAUUUGUCUGCUUUCCAAAAAGCUCAGCAAGGGGCGAAAGACAGCUGUGUUUGCAACCUCCCUGAACAUCCCUCGGAGCUUGAGGGGUAGACCUCUGCAGAUGGGUCACGAAAUUUUCUUUCCAGACCGAGCGGGCGGUUGUACAAUCUGUGUUUGCUCUUCAUAAACAGCAGUGGCUGGAGAAAUGUCCGACACCCUCUCACAUCUUAGGACAAAGUGUCAGCAAGUCACAGAGCGCUAUCAAACACCUGGCACAAGGAGUUUUAGCCUGCGGCGCAAAUAUCAUUAUUUACCGCCUGACACAGUCGUGGGUUUGAAGUGGAGCCCCCACAUUGUGUAAACAACAAGAGAAAUGGCACCAACCUUUGUGCCCAUGAGUGUGUUUGACUUAAAAUAAGGUGUGUUACUAUCUACAAGAAGCAGAGAGCACCUUUAACCAACAUAAUAAUGGUCUAACAUCUUAAAUCAGUGGUGCAGUACUUUGCUGAUAUUUACAGGGGGCAGUAGUGAGGAAAUAAGAACAGGCCAAAGAGUGCAGAUGCAGGUCAAUCCUCCUACUCAUAAAAUAUCUGUGUUUUUGCAGAUAGAGUGAGAUUCAUGUUUUUAAUGUGACAGAGCCUGGAGAGAGACGUCUUCUUCUUAUGCAUGCAUACAUAUUAAAACUGCCAUAGGUACAGGGCUUAACAAGGGAUACCAGAAGAUGAGGACACCAUCCUCACAGUUUUCCUGUUUCUCCUCAGUCAUGCUUGGGCGUGUGUUGCCUUAUUGCACGCUGGGACAGACAUAAAGUCAUGCUCAGUGCCACUAACCAUGUUGAUCAAGACUCAACUAUCCGUUAUGCAUGAAGUAAAAAAUACAAUCCAUGCAAUCCAGCAGUAAAAUUAAGCGAUUAAAGAUGAACAGCCUGCCUGCCUGUGAUGAAAAGUGCAGAGGAGGUUCAUCAUCAUUAGAUCCUGUCUGAAAGUGAUGGCAGAUCCUGAGUUUUAAACUGUUAAUGCAGUUACGAUGCUGCUGUGCCUUGCAUAACAUGUCUGCUAAUUGUGACGUUAACAUCAAUCCAUGUGUCGAUAUGAAAACACACUGAUGUUGUGCCAAAACACGCCGUAUACCACCCUCUUUGCAGCCUGUUUAUCACCUCGUGCCUGAACUGUGCGCCUCUGAACUAGCAAAACACAGUCAGAUAUGAGCCAAUUUACUCUGUCCGUACGUUUUAUACAGGUUCCAAAGAGGUUUUGACUAACAGGUAGAUGUUUGGUCAUUAUCUUAUUUUGUCUUAUUAUUUAAGACCCAGUUCAGCACAGUGAUAAACAAGUUAGCUUGAAGCAUCAGGGAUUUUAAGAGUGAGAAGAUUGUCUUUUUAAAGGAAUAAAAUGUUGAUUUCAUACUUAAAAUAAACAUAAUGUGGCUUCAUAGUGGCAAGCAAGCUAGCUGAUUCACAUCUUGACGGACAAGGAAAGGCGUCCUUGAAAUAGUUCAGAUCGAGUUUUAUGACCACUUGACACCAAACCACAGGGAACAUGGGAGCGCUCCUCAACUUCAGCAGAACUUUUAUGAUUUUAUUCAGACUUCAGAGAUCGUCUUUGACAUUUUGGAAAAGGUCUAAAAUGUUGUUUAGUGCGAGCCCAGCAGGAGAUUCAUCUACAGUCUGAGCUUUUGACUCACCUCCACAUGAGUCUAAAACUUUGGCGGCAUUAACUGCGAAUAUCUGACAGUGUUACAUUAGAUGUGACAGAAAAUGAGAAAAAACAUGACCACCUCCAUUCAUCAUGGAGACACGUCUGUUGCACAGUUUGACAUUUUCUGGGAGAAGAUUGCAGAAAAUCUUGACCACAAGUAUUUCGGGGAGUUUAUUUGAGUCUGUGCUGUGAUUUUUUUCACUCUGAUCAUCAUUAAUGAUAAGUUUGUUUAAAAAACAAGCCAAUGAACCCUUUUCUGAUUUAUAAAAAGUAGUCUUCUCUAUGCUAAUAGAUUAAAAAAAUUAAAAUACAACACCUGUUUUUUUACUCUGUUUGGUCUCAAAAAUCCUGGAGGGAGUAUCGACCAGAUAAAAAGCAGGACAGCAGGACAGGUGAUUAGAUUUCUGCAACAUGUAACGCUAAAAAACACCAAUACAGCUGAUGAACUGUUAUCUGUGCUGCUGUCCCCGGGCUUCACAGCAGCACUCUGUUGAAAACAUCUUUAAAAAGUUGAAGCACAGGCAGAAGAAGAGCGGGCGUCAAUAAAACCAAAGUCAAAGUAAACACGAGAAAAGAAAGAGACGAAGAUGGGCUGAACGGUUAUUUAGAGGAGUUUACAAUAACAGAGAAGGUGAAUGUUUGAUAUGUUGCUCCAGGACUAUAUUCAAAGACCAUUAAACCACAUUUUGUCCAUGUUCUGAAGCACUACUUUGGAUUUAUUACCCAUGAGUCAUUGCAUUGACUUUCACAAGCGACCUCCAUCAGAGAGAGUCGUCAAUGCUGUCAACGCCUCUGAAAUGACAGACCAAUAGCAAGUUGUAAAACUGCAAAUGCACCGACUGUUUAAACAUACUUUCAUUCAAUGUUGAUCUUUUAUGAUACAGCUGCGUUUAGGACGGCUGAUAACAUAAAAACACUUUUUACAAACCUGUUCAGAAGCUCGCAUUAAUCACCUGGUGCUUCCCUGAUUGACUUGUGCCGUCAGCGUCUUCCCAGAGAAAAGGUUCCCAGCAUUCGUCUCUUUCCUGCUGAGCUGUUCUGCCAUUGUUGACGGAUAAUUAAGAACGCUCGGCUCUUUUAUUUUUUCCUGUUUGUAAUUGCUGCGCCACAAGCAAGAUGUGACAAAUUAUAAAGGGCGGACAUAAAUGGGCUGUGCAGGUGAAUUCAGGUGAAAGCGGAUUAUUGAUUUUGCGGAACAAAUAAAGCUGCCUGAGAGAAAAGUGAGGGGACAAAUCGAGGUGUUUAAGUGCGGACAAUACAAGUUGUUCUUUAAUGACUUCGCUCAAGGUUCACAAAGAGCAUCUCCUGAUUGUUCAUUUUAACUUUAGGGAUUUGCUGUGUAUUCUUCUUGCAGACACAGAAACUAUUUUAACUCUACAUCUCUGCUCUCUGCAAUCCCAGUAGCGUAGUUCUCUUUCUCCCCAUUUCGGGGAACAUUGUGACUCCAACCGGCUCUCUUACACUGAGAUCAGGCGCUCUAUUGACCCAGACAUUGACUAUCUUAACUCUGGAUUUUCUGUCCUCUGGGGUGAGUCUGUGUGCUCAGUAUUUCUAACUUCAAGACAGCAUUUAAAGUCAGAAACACAACACAAAGUAAUUUCUGCUACAAAUGCAUUGAAGGUGAUCCUGCUGGGGAUAAAUCUGAGUAAAUUUGGUCCCCUGGAGAAUUCUCCAUUUCUGUAAUUAAGAAAGAAGGGUUGAUGAUCUUUAUUCUUUCUCAUUUCCUGCAUCUUGUUUCAACUUUUUGACUAAAACAUCACUCAUUUGUGUGUUUACCCCUGCAGGAGUCAAUGUCCUGGUUGCGCCAACCCGGUCAAAAAGUCUGGAUACGUCCCUGGAUGGAGCCAAGUCAUUUCACCGUCAUGCCAGCAUCAAGGGUAGGACCAGAAAAAUUGCAAAAGCGAGACAAGAGCCGGCCAAGCCGGUAGGGUGAAUUCACACUCUGGGACACCAACGAGCUGUUGCAGGAUCAGUGUGAGGAUGUCAUGAUGGCAGCGGAGCUUUGUUUUGGUGCUGUUGCAUACUUAGCAUCAUUAAAGCUUUUUAUCUAUAUACACCACAAAAAAAGUUGCUCCUUUAACAGAUUGCUACUUACCGCACCUUUAAUGCACCUGUGGCGGCAACAUCACUGACCUUAACAUGGUUUAAAGUGACACAGUGAAACAUCAGCAUGUGGUAUGGAGGAGCCUCGAUUAAUCUGCAGACCCAUCUGACUCAUGACACACUGUAUUGAAAACAAGUAAACCAGACCAUUAUUAUCUGCUGAUAGUGUCAUGCAGAGCACUUCCUCGGGGGCUUCAGAUGCUGUUCCACUUAAGACUAAUGGAAGUUGAGCAUCGAAGUUUACAGCGCCUACAAGUCUCAAACUGUCUCUAAAGCUACUAAUGUCUCACUGUUCGUUGUAGGGCAGGGUGGUACGGCC